GCUUGUUCCUGUGUGUCUGAUGUCUCCCCCGCUCGGUGCUGUCUAGCUCCGGGGAGGGAGGAGCCGCUGUCACAGUGCCUGUCCCCGCCCCCCCCCCGGCUCCCCCGUGUCUCCGGUAUGAUGGCGGCUGGAGGAUGGCACCGUGUGGGCCAGGCUGAUGGCGGAGCCUUAUAAACCCCGGAGAAGGUAAUGGUUCCCGGGGUGUGUCGCCCUGAGACGGCGUCAUGGGCUGGCAGUGACGUCAUGCGGGUGAUGCAGUCCUUGCUGGCUGUGAGGCUGCAGACCGGGGCUGGCUGGCAGUGAUGGCAGAUACACAGUGAGCAGCCCCGGGAGGGAAUAUAAUGAUACAUUAAUAUUACUGCCUUCCUCUAUAAUGGUAAGGGGCUAUCACUGUCCUCCGCCAGCCAAAUGGGAGCAUCGGUCUGCAACAGAUGAGGUGCCAAAGAUUUCAGUAUCACUGCCCCACACACACACUCACUGACUGAGCAUCCACUCACUGUAUCACUGCCCCACACACACUCACUGACUGAGCAUCCACUCACUGUAUCACUGCCCCACACACUCACUGAGCAUCCACUCACUGUGUCACUGCCCCACACACUCACUGACUGAGCACCCACUCACUGUGUCACUGCCCCACACACUCACUGACUGAGCACCCACUCACUGUGUCACUGCCCCACACACUCACUGACUGAGCACCCUCUCACUGUGUCACUGCCCCACACACUCACUGACUGAGCACCCACUCACUGUGUCACUGCCCCACACACUCACUGACUGAGCAUCCACUCACUGUGUCACUGCCCCACACACUCACUGACUGAGCAUCCACUCACUGUGUCACUGCCCCACACACUCACUGACUGAGCAUCCACUCACUGUGUCACUGCCCCACACACUCACUGACUGAGCAUCCACUCACUGUGUCACUGCCCCACACACUCACUGUGUCACUGCCCCACACACUCACUGACUGAGCACCCACUCACUGCACUAUUGUAGACAUCACACCUGAUGCUUUGCCAGCAUUAUACCUGUAAGAACAUUAUGGAAGAUGUGGUCCAUAACAUCUGGAGUGUCAAAGGUUGCUUACACCCUCAUUCAGUGCGAGAACCAUUUGCUGUAUCUAUGUCCCCCUCUCUGUGUAUUAUAUUAGCUAACUAUAGGUUUUCCUUUUCUGCGUUACCUCCUGGAUAGUCCACUGAUGACAUUGUAAAUGCUUUGGACUAUUUUUCACAUGAGAUUCAGCCAUUUAUGGUCACUUCCAGUCAGGGAAAGGCAGUACAGUAAUGAUAGACAGACAGGUGCAGUGAAAUAACCCUUGGGAAAAUCAAUUGCUUAGGGCCUGUGUAAGGGUAGGAGGUUGGAAAGUAGUAAUUAGUCAUACUUCCUGCAAGUGAAUGGUGAGUUACAGUUUCACUGAAGUGAGCAUUAUUUUUUUUAUUUUAUUAUUUUAAGGUCGGAAUAGCCAAACUAAAAAAAAAUCUUUAAGUCAGCUAUAAUUUCAAUUUGGUUGCUCUGGCCUUAAAGGUACACUCCAGACACCUAAAGUACUUUAAAUUAUGUAUGAAUUGUGUUCUCUUCAUUUUACAAAAAAGUGCAGAUUUUAACAGAAAUUGGCACUUUUCUGAAUUAACAUUUUUGUUGUCAAUUAGACAACCAGUCCUGUUACUAGUUUGUUUAGCUCAAUGGAGCUAACCUCUAGGGGCAGUAAUUGCUCAGAGCGCCUCCGCUUGCAAAGAUUUCAUAUUAAGCUGCAUUGAGAAGUCUAUGAUUGGGCAGUCUGGGUGGGGUUAGAAGGAAAGGCUGGGAAAUGCUGCAGACAAGAUAUCCGGCAUCUUUUGCAAGCUGUUUUAGAUAAACCCCCAAUGAAAACAAUGCAUAGUUGUCUAUGAAAAGACAGUGCUUACAGCAAAAAGCCUACAUGGACUGUCUUCACCUGUAGUUGUUCUGGUGACUAUAGUGUCCCUUUAAGUGUGGUGUUUUGGUGUCACUAGCACUUCCCAGACAGACAAUGCCAUACUGUGAUAAUUAGAGCAGUUCCAACUGGCAUACAUUAUUGAUUUCUAUUAUAUUUAACCUAUAUUUCCAUCCACAGCACAAGCUUUUUCCCUUUAAUUAAUCAUUUUUCUCGAUACCCCAUGUCAGUGUGCCUUUUUUCCACAUUUCUAUUUUUGAAUAGUUGCCACCAAACAUUUCUCUCUUCCCCUUUAUGCUUUUUUUUUGCUUUCUGUAGCAUGACUUAAAGAAGGCAAACUCCGUUACCCUAAGCACCUCGCUUUUUCCUGAAUUGUUGUUAUACAGGUGAUUUAACAUAAUUGUAUGUGCAUCACAUCUGUUUUUAUGGAAGUGUAAACCUAAGCAGACUAGUUGCAUUCUUUCUAUCUCAUGUUUUCAACUUUUUUUUUCUGUUGCUUACUAAUUAAAUGCAAUUAUGUUUUACAUUCCAUUCAUUCUUAUCUGUUUUCUGGGAGAUGUGUACAAAGAGCAAUUUCAGAAUACAAUACUAAAUAUGGAGCAAGCAACAAUUCCAUUGGUUCCCAUGGCACAAACUCCACUGUAUAUAUUUCUAUAUUGAUAUCUAUCUACAGUAAUAUUUCCUAUAUACAUUAACAUUUUCUACAAAUUCGAAAACUCAUCCAUCUUCCUACAGAUGAGCACAUUGGCCCCACUUUGUCUCAGCGACAUGGCCAGCCCUACCCUCAGUCCAGAUGACUCUUCUAUGUCUAUGUCUGCAGCAGUGAGCAUUUCCCCUUCAGACUCCGAGAAUCUGAGUCCUGAUGAAUUGGAGCUGCUGAGCAAAUUAGAGGAACAAAACAGGUAUCUUUAUUCUACUACUAGGCAACAGCUUUAGAUACAGUGGUUAAAAAUAUGGAGGUUGUUUCUCAAAUCAUUUCUAAAGUAGAAACUGGUUGUAUAUAGUGUUUACUAGUUUGCUGCAGAUUUGUUCCAUUCGGUGUGCAUAAAACCAUAUUUUUUCAGUUUUUGUGAUAAUUUCAGUUUGUUUCUUGGUUGCAUCAAGUGAACAUUAACCAUGUUUCUAGUACAAGUUUCUAAUUCAGGAGGUAAGCUUGCUUAGAGCAAUUCUGGGACAUAAAUACUUUGACUAUACAAACAUUGAAAAGAUGAUAUGUAGGAAGAAUCUUUGGUCAAAGGUAAGAAUUAGUGCAAUCAUUAAUUAAAAUGUAUGCCUCGUGUUUUUGACAAAAGACAAAACCUAAUCAUAUACCGAUAUUCACUAACUCCAUAAUCGCAUUAAUGAAUGCAUUCUGAUAUUUAAAUAGUAAGUUUGAUGGUUAAAGUAUUUUGGCAGACAGGUGGGUAAUACACAGUAAAUCUUAUAUUUAUUUUAUUUUUUUUGUGUGAGGAGAUAUAUAAUAUUGCUGGUACAAUAACUGCGUUAUUAUUUUAGUGACCCUAUUAAAAGAUCCUGGGGAAUGUUGUGCAUUUUUGUUCUUUAAUUUUUAUGUUGUGGAAAUAACUUUAAUAGACAAAUGGUACAUGGGUCUAUGGAAUAUGGGAAAUGUUGUAAGGGAUCCCCAAUGUAGCCCUGUAUCUUGCUUAUUACAUGUUUAUGGUACAUUACUGUACAGUGGGGAAUGUAGCUGAACACAAAUUGUGGGAUUUUAAUAAGAGGAAAUCCAUAGCCACCGUGCCACAUGUCUCAAAAAACAGAAAACCAUUUUCUGUAGAUGGUGGAAAAACGACUGCAUUAAGUUUUUGAAAUAUCUUGGGCUGUUGUCUGUUAAGGAUGCUAACUCAAAGCAUGAACCCACUGAAGUUUGGGGUUUGUUGUAUAUAUGUCCAACAUUUGGAAUCAUAACUACCAAAUAUAGGUAAAGUAAUAUACGCAUGGCAUUGCGUUGUGUUGUGGGCAUGUAUCUGAACGCAAAUGUUCACAAUUUAUAGUCAAAAUUUGCAUAAGUGGGAAAACUGUGAAUCUGUUUGCCAGGUUUUCUUUUGACAUCAAAUUUUAAAUUUGCUUCUGAGUUCGCCACAACACUCCAAUUUAAGAAAAUAAAUAAAAUAAAAUAAAAUAAAAAAAAGACAUAAACAAGCAAAUCAAUCUAUGAAACAUGCUUUCCUUGGUAUUCGGAGACCAUCCCUUCUUCAUUGCUCCUGAUAAUUGUUGUUAGUAAUAUGGAAAUGUCACUUUAAAGGGACACUAUAAGCACUAAAACCACUUUCUCAUAAUUAAGUAGUUUUAGUGUAUAGAUCAUGUCCCUGCAGUCUCACUGCUCAAUUCUCUGCCAUUUAGGGGUCUCUUUAAAGUGGUCUGGGUGCAGUGUCCCUGUCCCACCUAGUCCUGCAAUUUAAACAUCGCAGGUUUUGAGAAAGUGAAAUAAUUACGUUCCUGGACUAACCCUGCAUCUAGUGGCCUUCAAUCAAACAGUCACUAGAGGCACUUCUUGGAUGCUACCGGAAUCUAGGUCCCCCAAAUGACGCUGGACGUCCUCGCGGUCUGCAUGAGAACAUCCAGUGUUAAUGAAAUCCCCAUAGGAAAGCACUGAAGCAAUGUUUUUCUAGGAGCAGGGCCUGAUGCGCACUCUGUGCGUGCGCAUUAGCCCCUCGUCAGGUAACAUUGGAGAAGGCAGAGGAAUUGGGUAAGUGACUAAAGGGUUUUUUUACCCUUUGACUACCGGAGGGGGACCAGAGGGCACUUUGUGUUAGUAUCCCUUUAAAUGGACACUAUAGGAACCCAGACCACCUUUUCUCACUGUGGUGGUCUGUGUGCAGUCUCACUGCCCCCCUUAAAAGGACACUGCAGGCACCCAGACCACUUCUGCCCAUUGGAGUGGUCUGGGUGCCAACUCCCACCACCCUUAACACUGCAAGUGUAAUUAUUGCAGUGUUUAUAAACUGCAAUAAUUACCUUGUAGGGUUAAGUCCUCCUUUAGUGGCUGUCUUAUCAGACAGCCACUAGAGGGUCAACCAUGUUCUUAGAACACGAAAAGUGUUUUAAACAAUGCUGGACGUCCUCACGCUAUGCAUGAGGACCUCCAGCGUCGCCGGAAUACCCAUAGGAAAGCAUUGAAUAAUGCUUUCCUAUAGGGAGGUCUAAUGCGCGUGCGUAGCCAUUGCCGCGCAUGCCGUUUAGGAGCCUGACCCAGCGCCAAAGGACAUCGGCGCUUGAUUCAGGUAAGUCACUGAAGGGGUUUUAACCCCUUCAGCAACAUGGGAUGGGGGCUGGGAGGGAGAGGGGCACUGCAGGGUCUUGCAGUGCCAGGAAAAUGGAUAUGUUUUCCUGGCACUGGAGAGUCCCUUUUAAUCAUGCAGUGUAAAACAUUGCAGCUUUUGAGAAACUGCAUUGCAGUGUUAAGACCGUCUCUAGUGGGAGUCAUUGGCUGGAGGAACACAACCAUGCUGUAACCAGUUAAGUGAAUGAAAGGUGUGUUUUUUUUUGUUUUGGUUUUUUUUUCUAUUCCUAAAGUGUUCCUUUAGCCUCCCUGGUGGUAAUCCUGAGCGUUGCUCGUGGUUACUUUUCACGCUCGGAAUUACACUGUAUUAUCACUUACCUUGUCCCUACGAGCCCCUGGUGUCCGAUGCCAGCAUCCGUCUUCCGGGUUCCCUUUCCCUGCGAGCGCUGCCUGGCGGAAUCAGGCGGGAAAUUCAAAAACAAAGUACACAUACACACAAUAUAUUGUAAUACAGUAUAAUUAUUUAUUAUAUUAUUUAUGAUUUCGUGUUUCAAUCUUUAUCAUACCCGGGAUGUCUACUAGACUCUUGUUUGGACAGAUUUAAGUGAGUUAUUCCUAAGAAUUACAAGCCUACAAUAUGAAACAACAAAUUUACAUACAAAACAAUGUACCGCUUUAACAUUCAAAAAUACUGACAUUAUCAGACCGCCAGGGAGGUUAAAUAACUUUUUGUUUCUGUCCAUGGAACCCCAGCCACACCUACUCUAGCUUUAACUGACACAGACUGCAUGCAAAAUUGUUUAAUUUUCAAUCAAAUGUUAAGUUGCCUUAGACGUAAAAUGAACUUUAAUCACACACUGGAGGUUCUUGCAGGAGAUGAGAAAUUAUAUAUUAAACAGAAUGUGUAAUAAAGGCAGUUUAAACAUUAGAUCUCUCUUUACAGGAAGUGUUUAGAAGGUCUGACAUAGGCUGCAUAAACAAAGUGAUUUAACCCCAAAAUGGCAGAUAAUUGAGCAGUGAGUCUGUAUGGUAUCAUUUAAACACCAAAACUGCUUAAUUAAGCCAAAGUUGCUUUUGUGCAUAGAGUGUCUAUUUAAGUACAACCUGGAGUGGUAAGAUAAUCUUCACCCAGUGUGUUCACAGACUCUGAGCUGUAGUGGUUUUUGCUUAGAGCAUCCCUUUAAAUUAUAGGGACACUAUAGUCACCAGAUCAACUACAGCUUAAUGUAGUUGUUCUGGUGAGUAUUCUGAGUCCCUGCAGGCUUUUUGCAGUAAACACUGCCUUUUCAGAGAAAAGGCAGUGUUUACAUUACAGCCUAGGGAUACUUCCACUGGCCACUCCACAGAUGGCUAAUAGAGAUUCUUCCUGGGGCAAUGCUGCACACUGUGCAUCACUGACAUUUAGUGUCUCCACCCUCUGCACGGAGACACUGAAAUUUCCUCAUGAAUCAAUGCAUCUCUGAGGAGAUGCUGUUUGACCAGGGCUGUGUUAGGCAUGUACUGGCUCUGCCCCUGAUCUGCCUUCUUGACAAUCUCAGCCUAUCCAAUGCUUCUAUGGGAAAGCAUUUUGAUUGGCUGAGAUCACCACUUCUGAUUAUGUCAGCCAAGGAGGCAUAUCAGGGGCAGCCAGCAGCAGCAGACUGGGAUAAAGGAAAAUAAAAGUUUUUACUAUAUUUAGGGGAGCUACAUAGUGGUUUUUUUUAUUUAUUUAUUUAUUUAUUUUUGUGGUUUUCUUAACACUAUAGGUUCAGGAAUGCAAGUUUGUGUUCCUGACCCUAAAGUGUUCCCUUCAUUUAAUAGUUGUUCACUAGUGAUGUCCCGAACGGUUCGCCGCACACGGCGAACAUAAACAUAAACUUUGACCCUGUACCUCACAGUCAGCAGACACAUUCCAGCCAAUCAGCAGCAGACCCUCCCACCUCCUGGACAGCUCACUAAGAAUGCAGCUUCACAAUGAAUGUAAAAUGGAUGCUGUCCAGGAGGUGGGAGGGUCUGGGAGGGACGGUCUGUUGCUGAUUGGCUGGAAUGUGUCUGCUGACUGUGAGGUACUGGGUCAAAGUUUAUGUUCGCCGUCUGCGGCGAACCGUUCGGGACAUAAGUAUUGUUCACAUACGAGACUGUUCACUUUUUUUGGGGAGAAUACCUAGCUCACUGGUAUUUCUCCAGCUGUGGUUUUACUGCGAUGACCAUCUCUAUUAUUUGUCUGAGCAUACUGACUUGCAACCACAACGAUCUCUAGAAAGCUACUUGUUAGCUACACCUACUUCAGAUUUGUUCAGUGCAACAUUAUUGCAAAGCUGAGUUAUUCUGCAAAACUAAGGUGGCUGCUUUCAGUGGUAGUUUGGUUUUCCAAUAUGUAAAAAGAAAAUAACUUUUUUGUAAUCUCUUGCAUACAUUCAAGCUAGAAUGGCAAUGGGAGAAGACUUGUUUAGGUUAUCAUUUUAUUGUUCUGAUGAAAUGUUGUAAAACAUAGACUGUGCUUUCACAUUUGCCAGGAAGUCUCCUAAAUGUUUUGAGUGUAUUAAUACAAAAAUUUCAACAUUUAAAAAAAAUUCCCGGGAUGUCGGGCCCUGAUUCAGGUAAUAACCCCCUGUCAAGCAGACUGGCAUCAACAUUGCACCUCAGAGUCCCAUCAGUCCAAAUCAUGACACUACAUAAAAGAGAAACAUCAUCUGCAUGAUUUUUUUUUCUGUUGAAUGUCCUGCACUGUACAGUAACCUAUUUCUGAAGCUGAAUUUGAAUUUUUUUUUUUUUUCUGUUCAUAAAAUAGAGAUUUCGUUGUGGAGCCUGUACAGCAUCACCUGUUGGUUGCAGUGAUCUAGCAACGGCUCUAUGCACUACCUGAAUGACAAGGAUUGCUAAUUUGCAUUUUCAGGUAGAUUUGCAUAUUGCCAAUUACGCAGGCAGGAGAGAGAUUUUGUGUUAAAUAUUGUCUUCCCCUCCCCCUUCUAAAUAUGUUAUUUUAUUAUAUUAUUAUUAUUAUUAUUAUUAUUAUUACUGCUACUUAUAAAGCGCCAACAGAUUAAGCAGCGCUGUACAAUUAGUGGAGAAACGUACAAUAUACACAGUCAAAUACUAGAGGUAGAGAGAGCCCUGCCCGUAAGCUGAUAUCUAGCAAUUGGAGCUCUUUAAUACAAAGUACUUGGCUAGAUGGCCUGUGAGCUUCCAAUCUAAAGGAUACCAUGGGGAUUUGAGACAAGAGGUAGCAGGGGGAGUUUGGAUGUGAUUGCUGGAAGAGUUAACAGAGAAGCAGCUAUUGUUAAGAUGUUAGGGGAAUGAAGAGAUAAUUGAAUGAGAAUCUCAAACAGCUGGAGGAGCAUGAUAUAUAUUUAGGGGGAGCCUGGGUGAGUGAGAAGUGGAGAGAAAAAUGCAGUCUUUCACUGAGUUGAGUGAGGCCUGAAGAACAGACAAUGGGAUUGAACAGUUAUUUGGAGGUAUUUACAACUGGGGAGGAGAAAAGGAGAGUGAGGGGGGGGGGGUAGGUAGAGUAUCCAUGUGUUAUAUACUAUUGAAAAGUUUAGCAACCACAUUCUAUCACCCAAAAUAUUAAUAACUGUCAUUACAUGAAAUAUUGGUCAGAAACAUUAAAUGACUAUAGUACAUACUGCAUGCACAGAAUAUUACAAACUACAUGCAAACUACAGGAAAAAUGGUUACAAAUCUAUAGUAACACAUGAGAAUGUUAGCAAUCCAGGAAUACAGGAGGUAGAGUAUCUACUAGCUUCAGUCAGUACCUGAGAGUGGUAGGUGUUUCACUGCAGGAUGGAAAAUGCAGUCUUUCACUGAGUUGAGUGUUCUGUGUGGAUUUUUAGGGAUUCCAAUCAUAGAAACAUAGAAUGUGACGGCAGAUAAGAACCAUUCGGCCCAUCUAGUCUGCCCAAUUUUCUAAAUACUUUCAUUAGUCCCUGGCUUUAUCUUAUAGCUAGGAUAGCCUUAUGACUAUCCCAUGCAUGCUUAAACUCCUUCACUGUGUUAAAGGGACACUCCAGGCACCCAGACCACUUCUGCCCAUUGGCGUGGUCUGGGUGCCAACUCCCACUACUCUUAACCCUGCAACUGUAAUUUAUUGCAGUUUUUUAUAAACUACAAUAAUUACCUUGCAGGGUUAACUCCACCUCUGGUGGCUGUCUGCUAGACAGCCACUAGAGGGCACUAACAUGUCCCUAGCACAGGAAACCUGUGCUAGAGCAUCGCUGGACGUCCUCACGCUGUGUGAGGACCUCCAGCGUCGCUCAUUUCCCCAAAGGAAAGCCUUGAAAUGCAUUUUCAAUGCUUUCCUAUGGGGAGCGCUAAUGCGCAUGCGCAGCAAAACUGAUCGUUUUCCUGGCACUGGAGUUUCCCUUUAACCUCUACCACUUCUGGUGAUAGGCUAUUCCAUGCAUCCACUACCCUCUCAGUAAAGUAAUACUUCCUGAUAUUAUUUUUAAACCUUUGUCCCUCUCUAAUUUAAGACUGUCCUCUUGUUGUGGUUUUUCUUCUUUUAAAUGUAGUCUUCUCCUUUACUGUGUUGAUUCCCUUUAUGUAUUUAAAUGUUUCUAUCGUAUCCCCCCUGUCUCGUCUUUCCUGCAAACUAUACAUGUUAAGUUCCUUUAACCUUUCCUGGUAAGUUUUAUUCUGCAAUCCAUGAACCAGUUUAGUAGCCCUUCUCUUAACUCCCUCUAAAGUAUCAAUAUCCUUCUGGAAAUACGGUCUCCAGUACUGCAUACAAUACUCCAAGUGAGGUCUCACCAGUGUUCUGUACAAUGGCAUGAGCACUUCCCUCUUUCUACUGCUAAUACCUCUCCCUAUACAACCAAGCAUUCUGCUAGCAUUUCCUGCUGCUCUAUUACAUUGUCUGCCUACCUUUAAGUCAUCAGAAAUAAUCACCCCUAAAUCCCUUUCCUCAUAUGUUGAGGUUAGGACUCUAUCAAAUAUUCUGUACUCUGCCCUUGGGUUUUUACAUCCAAGAUGCAUUAUCUUGCACUUAUCCACAUUAAAUGUCAGUUGCCACAACUCUGACCAUUUUUCUAGUUUACCUAAAUCAUUUGCAAUUUGGCUUAUCCAUCCUGGAACAACCCUGUUGCAUAUCUUAGUAUCAUCAGCAAAAAGGCAUACCUUACCAUCAAGACUUUCUGCAAUAUCCCUAAAAAAUUAUUAAAGAGAAUGGGUCCAAGUACAGAUCCCUGAGGUACCCCACUAGUGACAAGACCAUGCUUCGAAUAUACUCCAUUGACUGCAACCCUCUGUUGCCUGUCACUCAGCCACUGCCUUACCCAUUCAACAAUAUUGGAAUCCAAACUUAAAGAUUGCAGUUUACUGAUAAGCCUUAUAUGUGCAACAGUGUCAAAAGCCUUACUGAAAUCUAGGUAAGCAAUGUCUACUGCACCACCCUGAUCUAUAAUUUUAGUUACUCAAUCAAAAAAAUCAAUAAGAUUAGUUUGGCAUGAUCUCCCUGAAGUAAACCCAUGUUGUCUCUGAUCUUGAAAUCCAUGUGUUUUUAGAUGUUCAACAAUCCUAUCCUUUAACAUGGUUUCCAUCACUUUCCCCACUACUGAAGUAAGGCUUACUGGCCUAUAGUUGCCCAACUCCUCCCUAUUACCUUUCUUGUAAAUGGGCACAACAUUCGCUAACUUCCAAUCUUCUGGGACUACUCCUGUUAACAAUGAUUGGUUAAAUAAAUCUGUUAAUGGUUUUGCUAGUACACCACUAAGUUCUUUAAAAAAAACUUUGGGUGUAUUCCAUCAGGUCCCAUUGACUUAUUUGUUUUUACUUUUGACAGUUGAAAUAGAACCUUUUCCUCUCUAAACUCACAUGUAACAAAUUACUAAUUUGUCCUUUGUCCUAACUGAGGCCCCUUUCCUUUUUUUUUUUUUUCAUCUGUAAAUACUGAACAAAAAUAUUAAUUGAGGCAGUCAGCUAGACCUUUAUCCUCUUCUACAUACCUUCCUUCCUUUUGUUUUUAAUCUAACUAAUCCUUGUUUUCCUUUUCUUUUCUCAUUUAUGUAUCUAAAAAAAUGUUUUGUCCCCUUGUUUUAUUGGCUGUGCUAUUUUCUCUUCUGUGUGUGAUUUGGAAGCUCUUAUAACUUAUUUAGCUCACAGAGUCUUCAGACCUAUUGGCUGGCUGCAUGAUCUCUCUAGCCCUGAGAUUAAUCAAGAGAGCUAGGCCUGAGAGCAGCAUGUGCUUUUGUAAAGGCAAUAGCAAACACUGUUAGCAGAUCUGCAGAGGGGACAAUAACUGCCUGGAAGGAAAGCUGAAAAGGAAUAGGUAGAAGGGACUACAGGGAGUGCAGAAUUAUUAGGCAAAUAAGUAUUUUGACCACAUCAUCCUCUUUAUGCAUGUUGUCUUACUCCAAGCUGUAUAGGCUCGAAAGCCUACUACCAAUUAAGCAUAUUAGGUGAUGUGCAUCUCUGUAAUGAGAAGGGGUGUGGUCUAAUGACAUCAACACCCUAUAUCAGGUGUGCAUAAUUAUUAGGCAACUUCCUUUCCUUUGGCAAAAUGGGUCAAAAGAAGGACUUGACAGGCUCAGAAAAGUCAAAAAUAGUGAGAUAUCUUGCAGAGGGAUGCAGCACUCUUAAAAUUGCAAAGCUUCUGAAGCGUGAUCAUCGAACAAUCAAGCGUUUCAUUCAAAAUAGUCAACAGGGUCGCAAGAAGCGUGUGGAAAAACCAAGGCGCAAAAUAACUGCCCAUGAACUGAGAAAAGUCAAGCGUGCAGCUGCCACGAUGCCACUUGCCACCAGUUUGGCCAUAUUUCAGAGCUGCAACAUCACUGGAGUGCCCAAAAGCACAAGGUGUGCAAUACUCAGAGACAUGGCCAAGGUAAGAAAGGCUGAAAGACGACCACCACUGAACAAGACACACAAGCUGAAACGUCAAGACUGGGCCAAGAAAUAUCUCAAGACUGAUUUUUCUAAGGUUUUAUGGACUGAUGAAAUGAGAGUGAGUCUUGAUGGGCCAGAUGGAUGGGCCCGUGGCUGGAUUGGUAAAGGGCAGAGAGCUCCAGUCCGACUCAGACGCCAGCAAGGUGGAGGUGGAGUACUGGUUUGGGCUGGUAUCAUCAAAGAUGAGCUUGUGGGGCCUUUUCGGGUUGAGGAUGGAGUCAAGCUCAACUCCCAGUCCUACUGCCAGUUCCUGGAAGACACCUUCUUCAAGCAGUGGUACAGGAAGAAGUCUGCAUCCUUCAAGAAAAACAUGAUUUUCAUGCAGGACAAUGCUCCAUCACACGCGUCCAAGUACUCCACAGCGUGGCUGGCAAGAAAGGGUAUAAAAGAAGAAAAUCUAAUGACAUGGCCUCCUUGUUCACCUGAUCUGAACCCCAUUGAGAACCUGUGGUCCAUCAUCAAAUGUGAGAUUUACAAGGAGGGAAAACAGUACACCUCUCUGAACAGUGUCUGGGAGGCUGUGGUUGCUGCUGCACGCAAUGUUGAUGGUGAACAGAUCAAAACACUGACAGAAUCCAUGGAUGGCAGGCUUUUGAGUGUCCUUGCAAAGAAAGGUGGCUAUAUUGGUCACUGAUUUGUUUUUGUUUUGUUUUUGAAUGUCAGAAAUGUAUAUUUGUGAAUGUUGAGAUGUUAUAUUGGUUUCACUGGUAAUAAUAAAUAAUUGAAAUGGGUAUAUAUUUGUUUUUUGUUAAGUUGCCUAAUAAUUAUGCACAGUAAUAGUCACCUGCACACACAGAUAUCCCCCUAACAUAGCUAAAACUAAAAACAAACUAAAAACUACUUCCAAAAAUAUUCAGCUUUGAUAUUAAUGAGUUUUUUGGGUUCAUUGAGAACAUGGUUGUUGUUCAAUAAUAAAAUUAAUCCUCAAAAAUACAACUUGCCUAAUAAUUCUGCACUCCCUGUAUAUCUGCCUGGAAGAACGGUUGCCGUGGUAUAGGCAGAGGGGAGAGCUGCAGCCUGGUCGGUGGAAAAGCUCCAGAAGUAUCCCAGUUAGCUGCGACUACUGGGGCAGAAGCGCUUUAAUUUCCCCAGUUCAGCUAUGAAAAGGUCCAGGUGGAGGUACUGAGCCGGGGUACAGGGAGCUCUGUCACCAGCUCUGUUAAUAUGGCUCAGUCACCAUCAGGGGGCUUCGUGUAAUUUGCAAAGACCCCUGAUGGUGACAAACCCGCUGCAGGGGGGAAGGAAAAGGUGAUUUUUUUUUUUACUUACCUAAACCUGUCCCGCAGAGACGUCUCCAUUCUCUUCCUUCUGCUCUUUUUCAGCUCUUGGCAUUUAAAGGACCACUAUAGUGCCCUGAGGGUGCCCCCAACCUCAGGGUCCCCCUCCCGCCGGGCUCUGGGGAGAGGAAGGGGUUAAACACUCAACUUUCUCCAGCGCCGGGCGGGGAGCUCUCCUCCUCCUCUCCGGCUGAAUGCGCAUGCACGGCAGAAGCUGCGCGUGCAUUCAGCCAGUCCAUAAGAAAGCAUUCACUUUCCUAUGGACGCUGGCGUCUUCUCACUGUGAUUUUCACAGUGAGAAGCACGCAAGCGCCUCUAGCGGCUGUCAAGAGACAGCCACUAGAGGCUGGAUUAACCUAUUUAUAAACAUAGCAGUUUCUCUGAAACUGCUAUGUUUAUUUAAAAAAAAAAAGGGGGGGGGGUUAACCCUAGCUGGACCUGGCACCCAGACCACUUCAUUAAGCUGAAGUGGUCUGGGUGCCUAUAGUGGUCCUUUAAUCUGCCAAAAGCCAAUAUCAGCACUGUACUUUAACACAUGCGCGAGAGUACAGCUUUGAGGUCUAUGGAGGAUCCUGUGAGACCUUCCAUAGAAAAAGGUUAGUUUCCCUACAGUCGUGACAGCUGUUAUAAAACACAAGCUUGACAGCGAUUGCUUUGCCAUUUUUUUCAAGUGGAGUAAAAUAGCUGUUCCUUUUUUUUUUUUUGUUUCUGUAUUUUUGUUUAACUGGGUUGGAAUUUCAGUGAAAUCUGAGUAUUUGUAAUAGGGCAGUAACAGAGCUGCUUUAAAGCGGCACUGUCAUGCCGAACUUACCUUUCCUCAAUAUCUUCCUCUUCUCCCCCUCUCUCAGGAUCUGUUAUUCUUUUCUUCCUGUCUUCUUUAGUUUUCUUUAAAAUCAUAAGACAAAGUAGGGACUCUUUGCCUUAUGGAGGAUUCCUCCGCUUGACCAGCAAAGUGUGCUUCAAAAAUAAAAAAAACUAAUAACCCCCAUGCCCGUGGGGCCCUGCCUUGAUGGGUGGGUGGGGGCCCUAAUAAUAAAACAAUGAGGGGGACCUACUGUCCUUCCCCGGCCCCCACCCGCUGCGGUGGGUGGGGCCAAAUAGCUAAGGGGGGACCUGCUGUCCUCCCGGCCACCCUGGCGGUGGGUGGGGGCCCUAGUAAAACAAUAAGGGGGGACACUGUACUCCCGCCCACCUGACCGACAGGUGGGGCCCCUAAAAAACAAUAAGGGGGACCUGUCCUCCCCCCCUCCCCCACCCUGCGCGGUGGGUGGGGGCCAUAAAAUAAUAGGGGGGGGACCUACUGUCCUCCCCCCCCGGCCCCCACCCCUGAGCGGUGGGUGGGGGCCCUAAUAAAACAAUAAGGGGGGGGGCCUACUGUCCUCCCCCCUGGCCCCCACCCCUGAGCGGUGGGUGGGGGCCCUAAUAAAACAAUAAGGGGGGGGACCUACUGUCCUCCCCCCGGCCCCCACCCCUGAGCGGUGGGUGGGGGCCCUAAUAAAACAAUAAGGGGGGGGACCUACUGUCCUCCCCCCCGGCCCCCACCCCUGAGCGGUGGGUGGGGCUAAUAAAAACAAUAAGGACCUACUGUCCUCCCCCUGGCCCCCACGAGCUGGGUGGGGGCCCUAAAUGCCCCAAUCAAGGUGACUAGGGGUCCCAAGCCCCUAGUCACCAACCCCCCACCCAAAAAAACCUAUCCCCUACCUACCCCCCUCACCCUACAAAUAGUGAGGGGGGAAUAAAAUAACUAACCUGUAAAAAAAAAUUAAACUUACCAUUUGACGUCUUCUUUUUUCUAAAAUCUUCUUUCUUCAGCCCCCAAAAAGGCCAAAUAAAAAUCCAUUACACCCGUCGCACUUUAAAAAAAAAAAAAGGAAAAUAAUAAUCCAUGUUCGCCCUUCGAGGGCACGCCGCAUACUGAGCUCCGCAGGGCGGGUCAAGGCUUAUAAAGCCUUGCCCCGCCCUGCAAUUAGGCUUAGAACACUCUGAUUGGGGUUUGCGAAUCAGAGUGCUCUGAGUCAUUUUACACAGCUUGGGAAAGUUCUUUUGAAUCUUUCCCACGCUGUGUAAAAUGACUCAAGCACCUGAUUGGCUUAAACCCUUAUUAUUAUUAGGGCCCCCACCCACCGCCAGGGUGUGGGGAGGACAGUAGUCCCCCACUUAUUGUUUAUUGGCCCCCACCCACCUCAGGGGUGGGGAGGACAGCAGGUCCCCUUAUUGUUUUAUUAGCCCCCACCCACCACUCAGGGCGGGGGAGGAACAGUAGGUCCCCCCCUUAUUGUUUUACUAGGGCCCCCACCCACCGCGCAGGGGUGGUGGCCGGGGGAGGAGGAGGACAGUAGGUCCCCCCCUUAUUGUUUUAUUAGGGCCCCCACCCACCGCUCCCACCGCUCAGGGGUGGGGGCCAGGGGGGGAGGACAGUAGGUCCCCCCCCCCCUUAUUGUUUUAUUUAAACUAUCCCCAUUAACACUGUCAGUGCCCAGAAUUGUUUAAUUUCUGGCACACUGGGUACCAUCUCUCCUGGCGAUUCAGGGGAGUCUUGGUUGCGUGCAAGAUAUUGCUCUGCAUACAGAUUCGUCUGGGUAACUACCUCCCCCCAAAAAUCAUCCCCCCAAAACAGCUCCAUACAAUCCAGCGCAUUAUAGCCAGACAGGUCAGCCCGUAUGCCAGGAUUGGCAGUGAACUCUGGGAUGUCUGGCAAAAAAUGAUUAGGGGGUACCCAGUCAUCUGCGCCAUGUUGAACAUAGUCCCUGUCCCCUGCGUCACUCUCAUAGGCAGUGUCGGUCGCCUCUGAGUCGGCUGCUAACAGGGCAUAAGCCUCCUCUGCGCUAUACUUUCGAAACAUUGUUAAUACAGUUAACACAGCUAAGAAAACUUUAACUAAAUAACUAAAUAACUAAACUUUAGUUAGCAGGUAAAGGGUUAUUUAAAAAAAAAAAAUAUAUAUAUAAAGGGGAAAGGGAUUAGGAACCUUUAAUAGAUAUUCACUAUUCUUUUGGGACACAAUGUUGCAACUAUCCGUCUCUCUCCACUUCACAAACUCACAACAGGUGGAGGGAGGCAGAUCAGAUAUCCCAGCUGUAUUGUGACCGCUGUGACUGGCUGACUCGGAGGCACCUAGCAACAGCAUUAACCCCGCGAUCGCCGGCACUGCAGCAAUUGCGGGGUUAAUUUUACCGCGCGACGAACGAGGUGCAUCACCCGUCGUUAAAGGAUCACUCUAGGCACCCAGACCACUUCAGCUUAAUGAAGUGGUCUGGGUGCCAGGUCCUUCUAGGGUUAACCGAUUUUUUUAAUAAACAUAGCAGUUUCAGAGAAACUGCUAUGUUUAUCAAUGGGUUAAGCCUCCCCCUAAUCCUCUAGUGGCUGUCUCAUUGACAGCCACUAGAGGCGCUUGCGUGCUUCUCACUGUGAUUAUGAAUGCUUUCCUAUGUGACCGGCUGAAUGCGCGCGCAGCUCUUGCCGCGCAUGCGCAUUCAGCCGACGGGGCGGAUCGGAGGAGGAGAGCUCUCCGCCCAGCGCUGGAAAAAGGUAAGUUUACCCCUUUCCCCCUUCCAGAGCCGGGCGGGAGGGGGUCCCUGAGGGUGGGGGCACCCUCAGGGCACUAUAGUGCCAGGAAAACGAGUAUGUUUUCCUGGCACUAUAGUGGUCCUUUAAGGGUAUCCCCAGGAUGACGGACCUCGUCUGUCACCCAUCCUGAAGGGGUUAAACUAAUAACACACAAAGAAUGAAAUGUUGCCAUGUUUUUAUUGAACACACCAUGUAAACAUUCACAGUGCAGGAGGAAAAAGUAUGUGAACCCCUAGACUAAUGACAUCUCCAAGAGCUAAUUGGAGUGAGAUGUCAGCCAACUGGAGUCCAAUCAAUGAAAUGAGAUUGGAGGUGUUGGUUACAGCUGCCCUGCCCUAUAAAAAACACACACCAGUUCUGGGUCUGCUUUUCACAAGAAGCAUUGCUUGAUGUGAAUGAUGCCUCGCACAAAAGAGCUCUCAGAAGACCUACAAUUAAGAAUUGUUGACUUGCAUAAAGCUGGAAAGGGUUAUAAAAGUAUCUCUAAAAGCCUUGCUGUUCAUCAGUCCACGGUAAGACAAAUUGUCUAUAAACGGAGAAAGUUCAGCACUGCUGCUACUCUCCCUAGGAGUGGCCGUUCUGUAAAGAUAACUUCAAGAGCACAGUGCAGACUGCUCAAUGAGGUGAAGAAGAAUCCUAGAGUGUCAGCUAAAGACUUACAAAAGUCACUGGCAAAUGCUAACUUCCCUGUUAGCGAAUCUACAAUACGUAAAACACUAAACAAGAAUGGAUUUCAUGGGAGGGUACCACAGAGGAAGCCACUGCUGUCCAAACAAAACAUUGCUGCACGUUUACAAUUUGCACAAGAGCACCUGGAUGUUCCACAGCAGUACUGGUAAAAUAUUCUGUGGACAGAUGAAACCAAAGUUGAGUUGUUUGGAAGAAACACACAACACUAUGUGUGGCGAAAAAAAGGCACAGCACACCAACAUCAAAACCUCAUGCCAACUGUGAAGUAUGGUGGUGGGGGCAUCAUGGUUUGUGGCUGCUUUGCUGCGUCAGGGCCUGGACGGAUUGCUAUCAUCGAAGGAAAAAUAAAUUCCCAAGUUUAUCAAGACAUUUUGCAGGAGAACUUAAGGCCAUCUGUCUACCAGCUGAAGCUCAGCAGAAGAUGGGUGUUGCAACAGGACAAUGACCCAAAGCAUAGAAGUAAAUCAACAACAGAAUGGCUUAAACAGAAGAAAAUAUGCCUUCUGAAGUGGCCCAGUCAGAGUCCUGACCUCAACCCGAUUGAGAUGCUGUGGCGUGACCUGAAGAAAGCGAUUCACACCAGACAUCCCAAUAAUAUUGCUGAACUGAAACAGUUCUGUAAAGAGGAAUGGUCAAGAAUUACUCCUGACCGUUGUGCAUGUCUGAUCUGCAACUACAGGAAAUGUUUGGUUGAAGUUAUUGCUGCCAAAGGAGGUUCAACCAGUUAUUAAAUCCAAGGGUUCACAUACUUUUUCCACCUGCACUGUGAAUGUUUACAUGGUGUGUUCAAUAAAAACAUGGCAACAUUUCAUUCUUUGUGUGUUAUUAGUUUAAGCAGACUGUGAUUGUGUUUUGUUGUGACUUAGAUGAUGAUCAGAUCACAUUUUACUUCCUGUAAAGAGAGCCCUAUUUAGGCUUUCUUUAUUGCAAGUUCUGUUUAAUUAAGAUUUUCUUAUCCCCUGCUAUGUCAAUAGCUUGCUAGACCCUGCAAGAGCCUCCUGUAUAUGAUUAAAGUUCAAUUUAGAGAUUGAGAUACAAUUAUUUAAGGUAAAUUACAUCUGUUGAAAAGUGAAACCAUUUUUUUUUUCCAUGCAGGCUUAACCGGAAUAGUUAAGUUUAUCUCUCCAUUCCCACAAAAUAUGAAUUGCCUGCCCUUUUAUAUUGAAUGCCAUUUGCAAUCACUUCUCAAAAACAAACAAACAAAAAAUCAUUAUAUUCGUAAACCAGCAGAUUUCAUAAUAGAAAAUGUACAAAUAAAUAAUGUCUUUGAGAAUUGUAAUAGCAAUAUUUUUUAAAGCAUUUGUGAUAUUUUUUUAUUUUUUUCUCUCCAGAUUACACAGCCCUGGUAUGUGUAAUGUCUGUAUUAAAGAUGAAGAGCAAGGUCCUUUGUUCCCACUCACUUGUUAAAGUGUCAGAAAUAAAUGGUUUAUUUUAUAAAAAAAAAGAAAAACUGGUAAACUGGUUUGGCUUUAGGUUAUUGAUUUCCCCAGUAUCUGUUUUAGUCAUUUAAAGUGAUUUUUUUUAUUUAUUUAUUUAUUUUUUACAUCCAUUUUAUUUCAGAUUUGAUCUUUGUGUUCUGUUUAUAUGGUCACAAUAUUACUUUAUGUAGCUUAUUAAUGUAUUAAUUCCCUAGUGUUUCCUUUUAUAAAUUUUUUUUUGUUGUUGUUGUUGUUUUACUCAUAAAGGGCAGCCUAAUUUAAUUUGCUUGUUAUUAAAUGUAUUUUAUAUAACCUGGUUUUAAAGGAACACUGAAAGCACCAUAAGCACUACAGCCUGUUCUAGUGUUUAUGGUGCCAGGAGUGCCCUAAAAACUUAUCUUGGUGCCCAUCCAGUCUACUUCUGCAGGAAAAGCCAAAUAAAACAUGGCCGAUCUAGGAAUUUGCCCAUUGUUUCAGAAAGAGAGCUCCGUUGAUACUUUCGGUCAGUGAGCUUAGAUCCGCAUGGCCUUGCUUGGCUUUGUUGAGCUAUCCGGAUUCUCCUAAAGGAGGAGACUGGACAACUACUUUAGGUUUUCACUACAUACCCUGGGAUGGUGUCAGAGUACUUUUGGUAUCAUAUUAUGGUAUUGAGGUGCUUGGCGUGUUCAUUUAAGAUUAUUUAUGAUUUAUGUUUUGAUGUAUUACUUUAUUAGCAUUUCCUAAAUAGGAUAUUACCUAGAUAUGUUUGAGUAAAUCUGCUGCUAAGAUUUUCUUUAAAUGUGACAUUCUUUACUGAUCUCACUACUAACAAUAGGCAUCAUAGUACACAAAUACAUUGUGUGUCCUUUCUUCUCACAGGCUCCUAGAAGCAGAUUCUAAGUCAUUGCGCAGUGUUACAGGAUCCUGCAGGACCAGUGUCACCUCCCCGGGACCACCACCUCUGGAUCAGGACAGCUGGGAACUGUGGGGGCGCAUUGUUACUCACUGGGAGGAAUGGACAAGGAGGAAAGAGAAGCUCCUGAAGGUAUUUAACAAAAACCUCUGGUCUUUGGAUUGUGAAAAUCUUGUGUUUUUUCAGAACUGAACUUCAUAAGACAACACGCCAUUAUGCAGGCUAUCAACCCUAUUCCUCACACUGCAUUGUAAUGUAGUGAAGUAAUUUCAUAAACAUUUAGAAUUUGUUAUACGUCAAAAUACACUGAAAUCUUACAUUUUAAAGGAUGUUCUGGAGAGUAUCGUAUCACAUUUAACUUAUACCUUGUGCAAUUUGUUAAAACAUGGUCAGUACGAUUACCUGCUUUUCAUAUAGACUGUUUUCUUGUGGCAGUAUUCAUUGUUUCUUGCUUCCCUUUUGAAAUAAACCCACACUUCCAGAAAGCGGAGAGAUAACCUAAUCCUUAUAUCACAAAGAAGAACAUAAAUCAUCCAUUCGUCAAACAUCAAUAUCUCUAAAGAUUCCGUACACCAUUGCUAAGUCUUCCAAACUUCACUUUAUUGAUCAGGAACUGGGUUACAUAACCCUUCAUUAGCCGGCACAGUUGUGAUUUGUUGUCUGUGUGCCCCCUGCUAAUCUCGAGGAACAGGUCACACCAUGUAUUGCAGAGGAUUACACAAUAUACUGCAGAGCUUCAUUAUAGCUGGAAUCCUGGCUCUUGCUACAUGUAUCAUUGUUUUAAUGCAUCAUACAUACAAUUGUUUUGCUAUACCCAUGUAUAGCGACUCUUUUCCUCUGCAAGGUCAUUUAAACCUUCAGAUAUUAUUCUCUGAGACUUUGCGGCUGUGAUGCUGAAAUUGGGUCACGCAGCAGGCUACAGUAGAUGUUUUCAGAGCUUUAAUAUGGACCUGACCCGUAGUACUCUGCGAAGAAGAUAUCUUGCUAUGAUUUACUAACAUUUGUUGUUUUCAUUGAUAUACAUGCCUUUUACAUGCAACACCAUGAAUUAGCUCUGAUAACACUUUUUAUUAUUAUUGAUCUGUGUAGACCUCCAAUAUAUUGCACAGUGCAGUAAAUGACUGUAGUGAUCACUAACCUGUCAGUUGUUUCAAACAGUAUUUGUUAUUCUCAUGCGUCACUUGGUAGUUUUCAUAGUGGAGCAUUUUCAUCUUCCAGCUCCUUGUUGACACAGUAAGUUAAUUCCAAAUUUAAGGCCGAAGUGGAAGUGACUUUUUCUAGUUUGGCUGUUUUGGCCUUACAGUUGAAUUUCACUUUGAAUUCUCACUUUUGCAAAUACCAUGAUGAUAUCUAUGAGAUCACAUUCUUUAGGGCAAGCGAAAAAACUCUUGCAUUGACAAACAUGCUGAUGAUGACUUUCCCAAACUGCUUGUAAGUAUAAAUUCCCCUGGUAUUGAAAGAGCAUCCAGGGGUUUUCUGGCGGUUAAACACUAUUUGACCAUGUUGGGAUAUGCAUUACAUUGGUGCUACGCCAGAGGGCUUGGUAUCUAUGGAGUUUCACGUAAGAAAGCGUCAAACUGCCACCCACUUUGAAGUCCUAUUCCUGUCUAUAUAAAAUUGCACAUAAACAUUGUGGCGGCACACACCGUGUUGUGCAAGUUGUCUGUUUACUGUUUAUAGAGUGUGUGUGUGUGUGUGUAUUCCCCUUGUAUUGAUAGAGCAUCCAGGGGUUUUCUGCCUGUUGAAGACUAUUUGAGCAUAGUUUGAAGAGAAAUGCUUCAGACUUGAGAAAUGGAGGUUCUCACAAAAGCUUGUCAUUAAAAGAUUCUGUUAGUCCAAUAAAAAAAAGCUAUUACAUGGUACAAAUUUUAUCUAUUUUUAUAUAUAUAUUGCCACCAAUUGCUAGUGUGCCAUUGAUCCUCCAGCCUUGCAGUGGCGAGUAACUUUCAAAGAAUGGCUAGUGGCGUACCAUGCAAUUUAACCCCUUCAGACCAUGGAUGGCCUUAAGGGUUAAAAGUAAUAUUUUUUUUUAUUCUGUGAGCACUGUUUACUGUGAACCGAUGUGUAAGUGUAAAAAAUAUAAUAAAAAUAUUUUCAUUAUAGCAAAGGCUGCACUUUUAGAAUGGUCUUUUUUUUGUGUGUGUGUGACAUCUCUCCCCUCUGCAGGAGCUGAUUCGCAAAGGUAUCCCACAUCACUUUAGGGCCAUGGUAUGGCAGAUGCUGUGUAACGCAUCAGACAUGCCCGUGAAGAAGCAGUAUGCAGAUCUCCUGAGAAUGUCUUCUCCUUGUGAAAAGCUCAUCCGCAGAGAUAUUGCACGGACCUACCCCGAGCAUGACUUUUUCAGAGGACAGGACAGUCUGGGGCAAGAGGGAUUGUUCAAUGUGAUGAAGGUAAGCACGUUGGAAGGGCAUCACUUAUUUUUAUACUGAAAAGGACCUGAAGGUAGCAAAUUCUUUCUGCACAGCUAUACUUGAGACUUGUGGAUAAAAAAAAAAAAAAAGACUACACUUGAAAUUAUGUCCAUGUCCAAAGCGGUAUUGCUUUAAAUUAAUUAAUAAUGUCAUGUACAAAACAUAAAAAGUGGCAGGUAUGAGAAAAUAUACAAUUUGGAGAAAAGCUAUACGAGUUUCACUUCUUAACAUGCUACCUCAGCAGCCAUCUCUCAACAGAUGCCCUCUGCUGGUAAAUGGGUACUUAGUAGAAAAGGUUAGUGUGCACAGUCUUUGCGGCAAUUUGUCUGGGAAUGGGAAGAGAUAUUGAAGCAGAAAAUAAGAAUGGAUUUAGGUUAUAUAAACCUAUUUGAAACUUUCCCAGAUAUAUAGUGAGAGAGAACAAAAUGGGAUAUAAGUUGUCUGUUUAUGGAGUUAUGUAGUAACACGACAAAAAUGUUGUCAUCAUACACAUGGUUAGGCUAUUCUACUGUGGUUCUGAUGUGGAGCAGCAAUUAACUGAAUAGAUGGGAAGUGUGCAAGACCUUUUCAAUUCAGAAUUUAUUUAUUUUUGUUUCUCUUUCCUGCUAGGCAUAUUCUUUAAUAGACCGAGAAGUAGGAUACUGUCAGGGCAGUGCCUUCAUUGUGGGCCUACUUCUAAUGCAGGUGAGGUCUUUUCUUGUACAUCUGGUUCACCUCUGUUUUGUUUUGUGUAAUUUCUUCCUUAUUUGUUUUCUGUCCUCAUGUAGAUGCCAGAAGAGGAGGCCUUCUGUGUGUUUGUUCGGCUCAUGCAAGAGUACCGACUGAGGGAACUCUUCAAACCAAGCAUGGCUGAGCUGGGCCUGUGUAUAUACCAGCUGGAGUACAUGUUGCAGGUAUGCUGUAAUUAUAUUGAUCAUAUCUUAUUCUACACUCAGAUGCCGUUUUACAGUGGACUACAUUUUUGCUCCGUAAUCCUAGGGCUACAUUUUCUUCCUACUGUUCAAGCAUGUUUUCCCAACUGGUUCUAAAAUUAAGCGCAGACCUCCGUGCACUUAUGUUCACACGUGCUCUAAGCCUAUACUUCAAAAAGCUGUGCUAUUCAUGGAUAAUGGUACUACUGUCACUGUGUGUGAAGUAGGGUGGAUACAAAUGGUUUAUUUAAAUUAAAAAUAUAUAUAUAUUUAAAUUACAUUUCAUUCACUAAAAUGUUUUUUUAGGAAUAUAUAUGUAAAAAUGUUUUUCCAUUUUAGAUGCAUUCAUGUCCAAAUGGUUUUCAGCUGUUGCAUGAGCCUGUCUGUGCAAUGUUUACAUAUUUGGUAAAUGAAUUCCAUUAAUCCAAGUUAAUUCUGCAGAGGUAACUUGCAAAUGUUUUAACCAAAAAAAAAAAGUUUUUUUCUGAAGCUAUGGCAUUUGGUAGCUCAUUUCCGGAAAUAUUCUAGCAAAUCAUAUACCUUUGAGAUCUAGUAAGUAGUACUAAAACUUGAUACAGAGAAUAGAUAAAAUGCCAGGUAUGAUAAAUAAAAGUGGGUGGGAAGUAUUAAGUAGAACCUUAUGCAUUAUUUAAACAAAGAGCUAGUCCAUAUUUAAUGCUAAUGAAGCCCUGGGGUAAAUCUCAACAGGAGUGAAUGUUACUAUUUUGUGGUUUUUGUUUUUGUAAACAUGUAUUUUUUUUUAAAUUUAUUUAUUUUUUUCAAUUUCAGGACCAACUUCCUGAAUUAAACCUUCACUUUCGCUCCCACUGCUUCCACACCUCUAUGUAUGCCUCUUCCUGGUUUCUAACCUUGUUCCUCACUACAUUCCCUCUGCCUGUGGCCACCCGUGUUUUUGAUAUUUUCAUAUAUGAGGUGAGUGACCAAUUUAUUAAACUUGGGGAACAGCUUUGAUGGAUGUGUUAUGGGUCAUUUAUCCCAUUAGUCUUACAAAUGUAAGUGUCAGGUUUAUUACCAGAGCUGUCAGCUGAACAUAUCAGGAAUACUGCUGCUAAUGUGGCAAGCUAUUAAUUAGAAGUUACAUUCAUAAAAUAAACUAUGCUUCUCCCCAAUAUUAUGUUAAACUGCAAUGUGACCUCAAGGAGAUGGCUGUUGUAACGGAUCACCUGGCACCCCGACUGGGUACCUCCGUUAAAGGAUGCUCCUAGUGCUUCCUGAGGACUCCAAGCACUGCAGCAUAUUAAUGCUGUAGACAGUUGAAUAGGUACCAUACGAAUAGGUUUACUCUCCUAGCAGUCAAACUGGAACAGCAUACAAUAAAUCCUUCCCCCAAUAAUGAGACGACACUUCACUUUGAGGGUUAAAGGACCACUCUAGGCACCCAGACCACUUCAGCUUAAUGAAGUGGUCUGGGUGCCAGGUCCUUCUAGGGUUAACCCAUUUUUUCAUAAACAUAGCAGUUUCAGAGAAACUGCUAUAAUUAUGAAUGGGUUAAGCCUUCCCCCUAAUCCUCUAGUGGCUGUCUCAUUGACAGCCACUAGAGGCGCUUGCGUGCUUCUCACUGUGAUUUUCACAGUGAGAGCACGCCAGCGUCCAUAGGAAAGCAUUAUGAAUGCUUUCCUAUGCGACGAGCUGAAUCGCGCGCAGCUCGCAUGUGCGCAUUCAGCCAGGAGGAGGAGGAGAGCUCUCCGCCCAGCUGGAAAAAGGUAAGUUAUUACCCCUUUCCCCCUUCCAGAGCCGGGCGGGAGGGGGACCCUGAGGGUGGGGGCACCCUCAGGGCACUAAAGUGCCAGGAAAAUGAGUAUGUUUUCCUGGCACUAUAGUGGUCCUUUAAGCAGGAACUCCCUGUACUGUCACAUACAGUCUCUUUUAUUCCCAAUCCACAAACAUAGUACAACCCACAGGGCGUUACAAAACAACCAAUCAAUCCGUACAAUACACCCAGACACUCCCACACAAACUCCUCCCCUCUGCCUGUGAUAUGAUUACUGAACACAAUGGGUAAUCUCAUUGUCACCGGCAGAGGAAUACAGUUUUUACACAAUAUUUAUAACUUCUAAAAUAUACAUGUCACAAACAUAAAACAUACAUUUUCAUAAUCAAUCCAUUCAGGGGAACAACAUAUUAAAAAAUGGCACGAAUCAGACCAGGGGUUCAAAAGUUAAGGGAAAGUCCUUUGUGACUAAAUGAAGCAUGGCUUUCCGGCCCAAACCAGUUUCAGAGUCUUCUAUCCUGGAGAUUGAAUUGAGAAGUAAUUCAAUUAUCUCCCAGGACAGACACAAGACUCCAUUAUGCACAUGGUGAGCACAAAGCAUUAAAAUAUUAUAAAAUACACAGUCACAUUUUAUACAUAAAACACAGACAUGUCACAUAACCCCAGAUAGCUGGGAUCUGAGCGCACAAAACUACCGAAUAGCGCUCAGAUCCUAUUCACACAGUUUAAUUGCCAUGGAGCCGAAGUCUUUAACUACACGAAUGAGCUCCAUGGCAUAGCUAUCUGGGUUAACACAUUCACAUAAAGUCUGGUCCAUAGUCCAAAGGCAAGAGGCGGGCAAGCAGCCCCCUCCAAGGACACGUGGCGAGGCCGGUUUCGCCACAGCUGUGUAUCCCUCUUCUUAAGCUUUCAGGAACUUUGCAACUUUGCUUCACUGUGUACCAAAUAGACCCUGCAUUUAAACAGAUUUUGCUCUCAUUGUGCUCCUCUAUUAUUUCCUAGAAAACGAAUAAGAUCCAAUGAACUACAUUAUACUGAAAUACUGUGUUCACUGUGGGCAGCAAAUGCUUAUUCUGCAAUAAGAUCUGUCUUACUUGUUGUGACUUUUUUUUUUUUUUUUUUAUAUAGGGGCUGGAGGUCAUAUUUCGUGUUGGUAUGGCACUGCUCACCGUGAACCAAACUGAGCUUAUGCAGUUAGACAUGGAGGGCAUGUCCCAGGUAAACUUCCUUUCAUUCAUUGCCCUGAUAAGCAGUGGAAAGAUUGGAAAAACAUUAAGUCAUUGUUUUGUUUAUUAUCCUUACUUAAGUGGUUUUGUUUCUUGUACAUUCAUAAGAAAGAGGGUAAUUAUAUAGUUGCUUGUCUGAAUUAAGCUUUUUAUUCUUACAUUAUAAAGUCUGGCAUCCCAUAAUACCCACUUCAAGAAAUUGGAGUGAUUAUGGAGCCUGGCUGCCCGGUCCUACAUCACUACUAAAUUGUCUCUCACUCAUUAGUAGAGAUUCUUGGUCACCUGCAGCCUGGCAUCCAUUGAUUAAAUUGCAGAGAUGAAGCUUGCUCCACUUCAUACUAUGCAAAGGGUAGUGGGCAGUGACCGACUGAGUGCAUCAGCUAAUCUCUAUGUCAAUCACUGGCCCAAUCCCUGGUAUUAGUUGGCAUACCGCAAGGCCUAAGCAUAGCUCUGCGUCUGCCAUAUUAUCAUUGGAGGCUGUACUCCAGGCUGAUCAAAAUCACUGCUAAACGAUGAGUAAACAGAGUAGUAGUAAUGCCAGACCUGGUGUCCAUGGACUCCAAUCCGUUGAAGUGGUAUGGUGCCUACAGUGUUCCUUUAAAUGCUUAGGCAGUCUUUUCUGCUAUUACAAUAGGAAAACCUUUCAAACUUAUUUACUAUCGCUUACUUGCAAUGGGUCUAUGUGCAUGUAUUUUCUUCCACAAUGCCAAGUCAAGGAUCUCUCAACACCUUUCACUAGACUGUGAGCCUUGCAUGAUGGGAUGUCUUGUGUCGCAUUAUAAUGAAAUACAUGCCCACUAAUCAAGUAGGAAGUAAACUUCAGGAAUUUGUAUCUUGAAAUCUGUAAUUUUACUUUCAAUUUUCCUAGCUUGAUGUAUAGGUUAAAGGAGAUUUGCCUUCAGUACAUUUGUACAGAACCGGUCCACUUCAGAGGCUAUCUAAUGUAGUUCUAUAUCAAACCUAAUUGUGUGUCUUUUAACCCAUGGAAUAUAUUCUUUAUCUGUCUAUCACUUAAAUGAUUGAAACAGUAGUUUCCUUGUGGGAAUUCACAUUCACUAAAACACAAUGAAAAGUCUUGUGUAUGUGCUAUGAAGGGGUAUGUAUGUGCUCUUUAAUGCCUCAGUGUAUGAAUUUAUUUUUCUGUUGUCAAUAUGUAUUAUUUAAACACUGGCUUUAUUGUUAUAGUAAUGAUUCAGUGACAUUGGAUCACUCCACUGACUGAAUACUAUUGAUAUUCAGCACAAGACAAAAUACAGUACUUUUGCAGAGCAAGGUUUCUUGAUUGUGUGCAGACACAUGGGUUCAAUGUGCUGGCAUUCUUGAUCUUUGGAUUGAUAUAGGAUAAAAAGGGUGUAUCCAUUUUAUACAGAUCUUUUUGUGGUGUAAACUUUAGUACACGACUAUCUCCUCACUGUUGUAAAGAACUAAAAAUGGGUCAAUAGCCAUGGAAACAUGUGGGACGAAUAAGUUCUUGUUGUUGGGGUUUUUCUGUUUUUUUUUUUUCUUUUAGUCUUUGGGUUCUAAAAGAGGUUAUUGGUCCUGAUUACAGUAAGGUUUAUUUAUUUAGAGGAUGAGAUCAAAAUCUCCUCAACAUAUUCUAUUGUAGGCCUGAAUCCACAAAGAAUGGUUGGUGUCAAUGAAUUAUUAGGUGAUUACAUGAGCCAGUUCUUAGUCUCAUUCUUAUACUCUAGGCUGCCCAAAAGGUAGAUCACCAGGUAUUUUAAAACUACAGUUUCCAUGGUCGUUGUAGUUCUAUAACAUCUGGGAUCUACCUUUUUGGGCGCCGUUACUCUAGGAUAUUUCUUUCAUCUGCAUGUAAGUGUCUGUGUUCAUGCUCAAAUGGGGCACGUUAUUACUCCGCCAUCAAACACAAACCGAAUAGUCCCGUCUUUUCCUUUAAUUGACCAUAUAGAAUACUAGCAUUAACAAACCGAAAACAUUUUAAAGAGUUUGAGUUCCCUUGGUUUUGACAAAGUUUAGGUUAUGUUAUUUUACAUAGCACUUUUAUUUUUUGAAUGGAAUAAAUAUGUAUGUUCGUUUUGACUUUAUUUUUGUGGUUUUUUUUGUUUGUUUUUUUUUUAGUAUUUCCAGAAAGUAAUCCCACACCAGUUUGACAGCUGUCCAGACAAACUGAUUCUUAAGGCUUAUCAAGUCAAAUACAACCCAAAGAAAAUGAAAAGGUACGAAUGACCCCCUUUCAAACCUGUUCAAACUAAAUUAGCAGGAGAAUUGACAUACAUUUACUAUUCCGUUUUCUAAAAUGUGUUCUCAGGAAUUGAGUUGGUAAAGUGUGGCAGAUGGAAAUGAGAGGCAGAUUUCCAAAACAGUGGCUCAAACAAUGUUUGUUUUUAAAUAUUGGAUUUUUUUUUUUUCCUUUCUACAGGCUAGAAAAAGAAUAUGCUGCGAUUAAAAGCAAAGAAAUGGAGGAACAAAUUGAAAUUAAGGUGCGCUCUUCCUAUUUUCAGAUUGUGGUGAAUAUCCUAGAACCAAGACACAUGAACUAGAAUAUUAGGGCUAGCGAGCCAUAUACCUUAACAGACUGAGGUAGAAUCUGAUGGUAUGUUUUCUCAAUACAGAGACUAGAUUUUACUUUAUUUUAGCAGGAAUGAAGUUGGCUGGUUUCUGGCUUGGGAUCCAUACCCAUCCCACUUCACUGUCAGUCCCUCUCUGGCUACCAGGAGGCUUUCCAGGUGGUACUUUGUCUUUCCUACCACUGCUGGGUAGCCUGCUACUCUGUAUUGAUUAUAUAUCUACUGGGAGAAUGAAGGGGGGGUAGUUUUCCAAUAUACUUGAAGUGCUAAGGAUAUUCACAAACCUUAACCUUGUAAUGAGUCAGAGAAUUGCCUUUGUAGGUAUACAAAAUGGUAUUUAUACAUAACAUUUUUUAAUGGUAAACAUUUGCCAGCCAGCCACACAAAAUCCUGGGUUGUACCCUCUUGUUUUCCAGAUCGUGUUGUUUGAUUGGAUAUCUCAUCCUAUAAUGGCAUACCCCAGUUUCCAGUUCAAUUAUUUUAUUUAAAUGUUCACCCGGUUAUUUAUUUCAAUGUUUCAGCCCAACAGUGGAGCUUCACUUGAGAGCUCUCUUUCUGGCGCCCCCUCGGUGUAAGUUUGUUGUUUAUCUAACAUAAGGAAUUUAGCAACCGGGAGAGACUGGGGGCAUCUUAAAUACAUCAUAAAGUUGUCAGGGCAACUGUAGGAUGUACCUGGACCUCAGGAAACCAGAUAUAUUGCAAGCACGUGUGGGGAAACCCAGGAUUUUAGUCCAACUGGAUUUUAAAACUGUCAAAAUUAAAAUGAAAAAGCCCAUGAUGUUUGUUUUAAAGGGGCACUCUAGUUUGACACUGAACACUGCUGUUUGGAUGUAUAAACAUAUAUGUAAUUGUGUGCUCCCAUGUUUCCUUUACAUGGCUAUCUGUCUGAAUAUUGGACAAUUCUUAUCUAUCUUCUUACAAUGCAGCGGCUACGGACAGAAAACAGACUUUUAAAGCAGCGCAUUGAAACACUAGAAAAGGUAAGAAUUUGCUGUCAUUCUAACAUCAUGAAACAUUUCAACACUUGUUAACCCCUACCACACAGAAUAUGGUUAAGCCAUAUUCCUCUUUUUUCCUAAUCUUUCCUCGUUGGAUCAUUAAACAUGGCUGCACUUUUAAGGAUCUGGUGCCAAUUACCCAUAAUAUGCCCUUAACUCUUAGCAUGGAAGGUUACAAAAACAAAAUUCUCAUACUAACAUCCAUGAACUACUUGUCUAAAGAUGGCCAUUUUUAAUUCUCCUCUAGUGAUGUCUUUCAAUUAGAACGUUGAAUGUUGGUUGUUGCUCAUAAUUAAUGGGCAGAAUGAUGUUUAUAGAAGAAUCUGCACCUGUCUAACUCUGUCCUGCUUCUUGUAGUGCGGUGGUGGUUACCUCUUUCUUUCUCUCUCCCUCUUCUCAAAUCUUUUUUUCUUUCCUUCACUUUUAUCAACCCCUCUUUCCCUGUUCCCCAUGUGUUUUCUCUCAUCCCGUUUCUUGCUCAUCUCUCCUUCCUUUCCAUCUUUAUUUCCAUCAUCUUUGGCUCCCCCUCCCCCUUUCUCUUCUGUUCUCUGUGGACUAUCGUCUGCGAUCUGAUAGGAAAGUGCGGCCUUAGCGGACAGGCUGAUACAGGUACAGUUACCUCUCAUUUCCUUUUUCCCUUCACUUGCAUAGAAAUACAGAUGAUUGGAAAAUAUUUGGGGGGGGGGGGAGAAACUAGUUUGGGACUAAGCAUGAUGUAUAUAAGAGAAUGAAAUUCGAAAUUAAAAGGGUGUGAUUAGGUUGUUUGGAUACAGGGAAUUGUGCAUAAGAAUAUGUUAUCCAUGUGGCAGUCAUGGUCAGACAUAUCUUAAACCACGUGCACCUUUUAUUUAUACAGUGGUAGAAAAGAUGUGCAAACCCACUAAAUGAUACAUGGGGAGUUUAUAAGAAGGAAACUUCAGCAAUCCCUCAUAUUGAAGUAUGAGGGAUUUGCUGUCCCUCACUGAAUACACCAUAGGGAGAUAUAAUGCAGCUGUCUUGUGCCUUGCUGGGGCUUAAAAUGCAUCUUUCUCUUGGCUAAAUUCUAGCAGCAGGGACUAUCAGGAGAGGUGAAAGGAAUAAGCAAUAUGGCAUUUAUUUAAGGAGAGUGAAAGGUAGAGCUGGUCCUCUCUUAAGUAGUUUUCUCCAUGAAUCUUUUCAGAUUAGAUGUAUUUGUGCAACAUUCUUUAUUCAGAGUACCUAGCUAGGAAAAUAUAUCUGUCCUUUGUGAUACUUUGUUGGGCUGAAAAGACAAAUCCACAAGUUGAUGAGCAAAAUUUGGUGAGGGAUGGUUGGUGACUAAUUCCCUUUUGAGGAAUAAUAAUGGAUGCUAUUUUGUUUUCUGGUUUCCCUUUACACAGGGUCAGGUGACCCGCGCCCAGGAGGCAGAAGAGAACUACGUUAUAAAGCGGGAGCUUGCUGUGGUUAAACAACAAUACUACACAGCUGCUGAGAACCUGCAGAGCGCUCAAGGCCUUAUCCGGCAGUUACAGGACAAGCAGGUAUGGAUGACAGAAAAGACUAUUCACGCAAUGUCCUGUUUGUCACCAUUCUGAACAGUUUAUCAUUUCAGCAUCAUAUGAAUAUUACAAAUGAAAACCGGUUUUCUGUGUUUUUUGUUUUUUUUAAUGGAAAACUCUGGAGAGCACUUUACUGUCUCCUGCUAAAUAUAUUGCUGUUUUUGUUUUAUGUAUAUUUUGAUUUGAGAUAGGAAUUAUUUUGCCUCACUUGAAAAGGUAGCAUUUCCUUAAGAGAUAAAUCCAGUUUACUAAAGGUUGAUCAUAACCUCAAAAUGUCUUGACAAACCCCAAAUUUGUGUGAAUUGCAAACAUUGCUCAGCAGUGACUAUAGCGGAGUUGAAGAAUUUUUCUGAAUCUGCUUCAUUUACCUACAUUUUGAAAUUCAGUUUUCAAUUCUGUAUAACUCUGUGUUUUGUGUCAUUUAAGAAUAUUACCAAAGCUGUGUCUCAGGUUUUGUUUUUUUUCCAGGUUAUAAACAGAUUUUGAUACAUUGUAAGAUACAGUUUUCUUUGGUGAAAUAAUUUUUUGCCUCUCUGCUUUUGAAGUAGUUAGGUUGAUCUUCUCUUAUAUUGGUGGUUAAUGUUCUAUGUUCUUGCCUGUAAUGUUAUUUGGGUUUGGAUACUCUAUAUUAGGUAGAGAUGUGACUGUCAGCUCAUCAAUUUUCUUAUAUAUGUACUUUGCUAAAACUAAAUUUGGAUGGGACAUGACACAGAUUUACCCUUUAAAAAUGUUAGGAAAUAUUUGUAUUAUUUUUAUUUCAAAUUGUAUUUUAUUGGUUUUACAACAAGUGGGCAAAACACCGUACACAGUCGCAUGUACACAUACCAUAACAUAUUAGUAGUGCAAGUCGCAGCUUGCUUACAACAUAAGUAGGUAGUUAAUACAGUCUAACAUAGUCAUCAUAAGGUUGUAGUUCAAUAACUUGCCAAUUGGCAUACCAUAUAUCUGCAAGUGGUUGCGAGAUGGUCCCGCAUGCAUCUGUGUAUAGCAUAGACAGAAGGGGUUAGUAGUAAACUAGGGAAGGGACGGGUAUGAGGAAGGAGACGGGAGAAACAGAACAGGGGGACAAAGUGUAAUCUGCUUGGUGGCACAUUUCCCAAGAUUGUUGAUCAAUCCUUUCGGGGUCUAGAGGUCAGUAUUGGAACCCAGAAUGUCAUCUCACGUGGCUUGCUGGUUUGUCAGCUGGGUCCACUUGCACCAGGUUUCUCGGAACCUGAGGGCUUGGGAGGGGGAGCUUAGGGACAUUUUUUCAUAAAUAUAAUAUUGUUGCAAUUUAUCCUUUAAUUGUGACCUGGGUGGGCAUAUUGUGCUUUUCCAAUUUGUCGCUAUGAGGUUUCUAGCUGCUAACGAGGUUAUCGCCACCAGUUGGUGAUAGAUUGAUUCUACCUUUUUAUCUGGUAUCAAUAAUAUGCAAUUGGAAAUGGACGGGGAGAAAGUUGAGGGUCCCAAUUGCCUCAGAAGUGUUCCCACAUCCUCCCACAAAGGUGCGAUGCCAGUGCAGGACCACCAAAUAUGCAUUAUCGUGCCCUUCUCCACUCCACAUCUCCAGCACAGGGGAGACACAGUUGGGUAUAUUUUGUGUAGCUUGGUCGGGGUAAGGUACCAUCUGUAUAGUAGUUUUUUGUGGGCUUCUAUGUGGGAAUAACAUUUUGUCCAUUUGGACAGGCCGUUCAGGGCACCCAACCAGGUACCAUCCGGUAGGUCCGUACCUAAGUCCUCCUCCCAUUGUUUCUUGCACAGCGGAGGUACAUCUGGUGGCAUUGCUAGCCACGUUCUAUAGCAAAUGGAGAGGGCUUUAGGCUUGUUCGGUGUAUCCCUACAUCUAAGCAUAAUCAGAGAGGGCAUUAGUGGGUUAUUCAUGCUGGUAGGAGUUGGCGGGGGCAAAGCAUGGGAAGUCAGUAUACUCCUGAUUUGCAAAUAUUUGAAAGUGUCCUGGGCAGGCACGUUCCAUUUCCUCCUUAGUUCUGAGAAGGGUAUUACCUUACGAUUGUCUUCCAAGAGGUGCUCAAGUCUGUCUAAACCCAUGCGUGUCCAGUGGGAAAGAGAAAGUGAUUGGGUUAUGGUUUUUAGUGCCGUUAGGGGGGCCUUGGGGUGCAGUUUAUGACUGUAGCCUAUUUGGGCCAUAAAGGAAUCCCACAUCAGUAUGGUCAGCCUAGUGGUAGGGAAAAGAGGUGUGUGCUUGUACCGGAGGCGUUUUGGGGUCCACAGGUAGUCCGUCAUGGACUUGUCUUGAAAUUGGUCCCUCUCCAUAUCCACCCAUUGUGUAUGGCCUUGGGGUGAGUGUGCCGCUAUACAUGUUGCCAGGGCAGCUGCUUUGAAGUAGAGGUGGAUGUUAGGGAGGCCCACUCCCCCUCUGUCAGGUGUAUUUUGUAGUAGCUUAAGUGGCAACCUCGCUUUUUUGCCCCCCCAAACGAAAGUGUUACAGGAAGAUUGUAGUACCUUAAAUAGUGCAGCGGGUAUCGGGAGAGGGAGCAUGCGAAACACAUAGAGGAGUUUUGGGAGUGUCAUCAUCUUGAACGUGUUAAUCUUACCUAGCCAGGAUAGGUGGGUCGUUUUCCAACCCGCCAACUCCUUCGUGCAUAACUGUAAUAGAGGCGUGUAAUUGUGUUUUACAAUUCCUGCUAUUGUAGGAGAUAUUUUAACCCCCAGGUACGUUAAGGUGCUAACUCUCCAGUCGAAUUGAUAAGAGGAUUUUAAGGUGACUAAAUCGUCUUGGGGUGUGUUAACAGGUAGCGCCUGUGUUUUGUCUCGGUUUAAUUUGUAAUGGGAGACCUUUCCAAAUUGUGUCAGCAGAUCGAGAAUGUGAGGUAGCGCCCGUCUUGGGUUUGAGAGGGAUAUUAUAACAUCGUCCGCAAAAAGAGAAAGACGGUAUUCUUUUCCUUUAACGGUUAUACCUCGCAUAUGUUCGUGAUCCCUGAUCUUUUGGGCCAGGGGUUCUAGGGAGAGGAUAUACAACAGGGGAGAGAGUGGGCAGCCCUGUCUAGUUCCAUUCGUUAUGUGGAACUUCGAGGAGAGGAAACCGCCACAGGACACCUUGGCAGCUGGGGUGGUGUAUAGUGCCAUGAUUUGGGAUAUGAUAAGAGGAGGAAAGCCAAAUUUGUGGAGAACCUUCUGCAUAUAAGCCCAGUUGAGCCUAUCAAAGGCCUUUUAUGCGUCCAGCGCCAAGAAGAGGCCUUGGCCUUUGGUUCUUUCUAGUUCUGCUAAGAGAUUCAAUAUCUUCCUGGAAUUGUCUGAACCCUGCCUGCCUUUGAUAAAACCGGUUUGGUCAUUGUGUAUGAGUUUGGGCAGGAAUUUGGCCAGUCUGUUACUGAGAAUUUUGGCAUAUAUCUUUGCGUCACAGUUGAGAAGGGAGAUGGGUCUAAAGUUUUUGCACUCUGUCGGUGGUUUCCCUGGUUUGGGCAACGUCGAGAUAUGGGCUAACAAUAAUUCGUCCGGUAGCGUCCCUUUUUGUAUGCUGUGAUUGAAAAGGUUCAGUAAAUGGGGGGCUAGUGUUGUUUGGUACGUGCGGUAGUAGGCGUUAGACAGACCAUCUGGUCCGGGCGCUUUCUGCGUCGGAAGGGAUUCAAUUGUGGCAGAUAUCUCCUCUAUGGUGAGAGGGGUGAGGAGUGAAUCCGCGUCGUCCUCGCUCAGAGACUGGAGCGUAAGGUCUGAUAGGAACCUGUUUAUUUCUGUGGUGGCGGGGGUGGGCACUUGUGGAUCUGUGUUGAGAUUGUAUAAUUUGCUGUAGUAGGUAGCAAACGUGUCUGCUAUGUGUUGCGGGUCUAGUAUUUUCCCUCCUUUAGCGUCCAGGAGGUGUGAGAGUUUAGUAGCUGUGGAACGUGUUUUUAGCUGGGAAGCCAGUUUGGCUCCUGCUCUGUUACCUGACGCAAAGAAGUUAUGUUUCAUGCGUCUUAGCAGUGUCGUUGACUUAGACAGUUCCAAGUCGCGCAAUUGGUUCUGCAGUCGUAAGAUAGUGGCAUGGUGAGUGGGGGUUGGAGUUAGUUUAUUUGAGUGUGUGGCCUCAGCAAGUUCCUUCAGGAUGUUAGUGUAGUUCUCGAGGCGUUUCUUUUUGGCGUAACUAGCGUGUUUAAUGAAGCACCCUCUAAUAACUGCUUUGUGUGCUAACCAGAUUUGAUCCGGGGUGGAAUUUUGUUCUGUAUUGUCUUGGAAGUAGUGCUGUAGAUCUUGUUUAACCUGGUCUAUUACACUCGGGUCUUUCAAUAGCCAAUCAUUUAAGCGCCAGCUGCCUCGGCCUUUAGUUUGGAAUCUUUCUGUCAGGGACAUAGUAACCGGUGCGUGAUCCGACCAGCUAAUGAGUCCGAUGUGGGUACUUUCUAUUUUGGGGAGCAUCCUUAAGGGAACCAGAAAUCGGUCUAUCCUGGAAUAGCAAUUGUGCGCUGCUGAGUGGCAAGUAAAGUCCCUUUCGCUAGGGUGUUGUAUGCGCCAUGGAUCUACAUAAUUGUGCGCUGUAAGGGUGUGCCUAAUGCGAGUAAUUAGUUUCCUCCUGGCUUUGAUGGUCUGGGACUGUAGGGGUUUCUGGUGUGAAGAGUCUAGACAAUCAUCUAACAAAAAAUUUGUGUCCCCCCCACUAUCACCUCUCCAAAGGCGUGUUUGGUACAGAGCAACAAAACCAGUUCCAAGAAAUCAAUUUGCUGAUCAUUAGGGCUAUACACAUUUAUAAACGUAUAUGGGUUGUUGUUAACAUAGCAUUGUAACACUAUAUAUCUGCCUUUUUUGUCACCAAGUUUACGAACUAGGGAGAAAGCCACAUCUUUGCUUAUUAAGAUGGACACUCCUCUUUUCUUUUUUGCAUAGCAAGCAUGGUAGUCUAUGGGGUAUGCUAUGGAAGUAAAUUUUGGACGUUGGCCCCAUUUAAAAUGUGUUUCUUGAAAGAAUGCCACAUGGGCAUCUAGGGAUUUAACCUCCUUUAGCGCUAGUCGCCUCUUGUGCGGAGAGUUGAGCCCCUUGGCAUUCAGGGAACAGAUAUUAAGCACCAUGGUGUACGUUCAACGGUCUCAUGGUACAAGUGGGAGGAUUGGGACCAUCUAGCCCUCCCGUCGCGAGUCGGUGAAUCUCCCACCCAUCUGUGGGCGUUGCCCGGUGACCAAAGGUCCAGCAUAUAUGUCGGUCAUCCCAAUUUAUACCUGGUAGAUAAGGUAUAUGUAGUGGCCUGGUAUUUAGGUCCCAUGGGUGGAUAAAGUGGAGGGGUAAUACUGGUAUCCCUAGGGUCUUGAGAAUAAGCCAAGUCUGUACACUAAAAUCAUGGUUGUCAGAACACAAACACAAAAAAGAGGGUAAAAACAUAAGAAAAAACAUGCAAACUAUGUACAUAAAACCGUCGGUCAAACGAAGUCGACCAAAAGGUGGAAAACGGUUAAUGAUGCGGCUCAAAAUUAAGCCACUUUGGGGGGUAGGUGACCAGCAACAGAUUGGUGGGUCUAUGCACAUAAGAGAUCCGUACUGGACGUAGUGCUCCGUACGGUGUUACAAUUGCUGAGACCAUGACAAGGCAUACACGAUUUAGAUAUAUACAGGCAUUGUUAUUCUCUAUUGAUUUUCUUUUUUUUUUUUUUUUUCAUAUCAACAGUAAUAUAGCCGUGUGACAUGGGUUAGGCACAUCAAAUGAGUAUACUUAUCGUCCCUUUGUAGAGGUCAUGUUGUGGGGAUAUUUAUGGGAUAAUAAUAGUAACAGUUGAGAAUUGCCCACUAUUUCAAUUCUCAGAUCCCAAAGAACGUUUAUCGUGUUAAGUGGAAAGUAUUUCAUAUAAAUAACCACAAUGUAUAAAAAUAGAUUUUAUUUAUGAUAACCAAUAAUUAACAAAUAAUAUUAUGUAACAUGCAUGACAAUAAUCAAUGAAUAUUCAGUAUAAAAUGGUAUGCAAUACAAAGGAAUGGGUAUUACGUUUCAAUGGCUAACUAGCAUUUUCUGUCAAGAAUUCUGAAGAUUUAUGAGGUAUCCUUACACAGAUUGAAAGUGAAACUUUUCACACAGAGAACAGAAUUCCUCAGAGUGCAGCGUAAGGUCGUAAAGUUUAGCCGACAGUUAGAAUAACCCUUUCAAUGCUGGCUAGAUCUCCUAGGUAGUUAAGAUCUAUUCUGAUGUCAUUUUAAAUAAAAUAACAUUUAAUCCAGUUUAAAUUCAUUUUCUUAAACCAUCCAAUAAGAGAAUCUAACAUUAUAUAAGCAGAUUUUUAAUUUGUCUAAAAGAUAUCUAUCUUAAUUUAGAGCAAAUCAAUACACCUGGAUAAAAACAGCGGUAUGCUAACACGUGAUAAUAUCACAUCAAUAUAUAAUUAUUCUUAAUUCCACCUGCAGAAUGGAAUGUUUAUAACUAUAUAUUCUUUAGUUAACUAAGAUUUCUUAAUAUGGAAAUCUGACCGUGCUUUAUCCAGUCAUAUAUAAUGCUAUUAAUACAUUUUAAUUAAUUUAAUUUAAUUAAAUGAAACCAGUAUAAUUACCAGUUGAGUAGAUAUUUCAUCCGAUUGGUAGUCUCUCUGCAUGGAGGUGUUGGUUAGAAAGUCAGUAAAUUCUAAGUGUUAGAGUUUUAGGAGUAGAGUGUUAGUCUCAGAUGUUGUCCGAGUUGGAGUCCCCAAACUUCCAAUUCCUCUCCUUUCUCUCCUUUGCAUAUCUUGCAUCUGCCUCCUCUCUCGUAUCUCUCUAUCUUCCCUUUGUCUUAACUUUUAAAGGGCCAGACUCUCUGUACGUCAUCAGUUGAUAACCCAAUAGAAGCACUAGAGGUGUGGUUAUCUUCCAGAUCGCAAAUUAGUUAUUUGGUCUGUAGAGGGCAGUCUUGUCCCACUAAACAUACCUAUCCAGGAAAGAGUUAACUUUUCCUGGUGGCUAUUUUGACGUCAUUUUGCGUUAUCUUUAUAGCGCCAUAAUUUAAAAUUUCAAAGGAUUUCUUAAAUUUUGUCCAGACUUAGCGUCUGCAAUUCCUGCCAUAAUUUCUGAUAUGACAGAUCAUGAACUAAGUUUACCCUUUCCAUACAAUGGUACCUUAUAUAUAUAGACAGUUAAAUAUUAAAUUAUUUAAUCUUCUCUGUCACAAUUGUCUGGGUUUAGAUUUGAUUAUAUUUUCCUUCCUUCUUCGGGAGAAGCAAUACUGGAAUCUGUCCCAUUGCGUUUGAUUAAGAGUCUGGUUGGGAAGCCCCACUUGUACUGGAUAUUUGCCUCUCGUAGUGCUGCAGUGAUGGGGGCAAAGGCUUUCCUUUUCAUCAUCGUUGAUGCAGAUAGAUCAAUAAAUAGCUUAAUUUGAUUAAAUCGCCCCGGUGGGGGAGGGUUUCGUCGCGCUGCAUGCAUAACUCUUUCUUUAGUAGUAAAGUAAUGUAACUUCGUGAUUACAUCUCUGGGGGUUUGUGGGCCCAGAUGUUUUGGUUUGGGCAACCUGUGGGUCCGAUCGAGUAAGAGCUCUCCACCCGUUAAUUCUGGCACAUAUACUUUAAAGAUGCCUUGUACGUAGGAUUGCAGCUCUUGCGGUGUCACUGAUUCUGGGAUCCCCCUCAGCCUGAUGUUAUUACGCCGAUCUCUAUCCUCAUGGUCGGCCACUUUGUCUUCUAGCUUUUUAAUUUUGUCUUGUAGUUCAGUAUAAGCGUCUGCCAGAGAGUUAUGGGCGUCUGUUAUUUCAUCUGCCCUUUCUUCUAACUUUGCAGUCCUGUCUCCCACUUGUUGUAUGUCUGACCUGAUGUCUGAUGCUAUUUGCAUGAGGUCUGUGUGGAAUGUGGAUUUGAGGUCUGCAAGUAAGGAUUUGAGAGUGGCAGUUGUAACUGGGGCAGAGUAGUCAGCCAUGCUGUGAGCAGGAUCACUUACUUCCGAAAUGGAGGUUGGUGAGCUCGGGCCGUCGGCGCCAUCUUGUCCUGCCAUAUCCAGCAUGGUGGCCGAGGUGAGGUGCAUUUGAAGCGUUUUCUGCUUCAACUUCUUGCACGAUUUCGUCGCCAUUUGUAUCUGUGGUAUGCGGCAGGUGUUUACCCACCGUUCUGUUGUUUUUUGCGGUCGGGUGUACGCCGUGACUAUGCUGCGAACACCAUACAGCAGAGGAGCUCAGCACUCACGCGUCCGUCCUCGUCCGCCGCUAAGACACGCCCCCCUAUUUGUAUUAUUUUUAGUAUUUAGUCACCCACAUGUCCAUGGAGAGGCUGCAUUAAUUUAUUUUUGUUGUAUGUAGAUUCCACUUAUUAAUUCAAUUUUUUUAAUGUAAGCCUUAAUUGUGUUUCAUUUACUGAUCAAUGUAACACCAAUAUAGGGAAAAUGUUGUGUUCAUCUGAAAAAGGGAAACCAGUUGUGUGAAAGGCAAACAGUCUAGAACGUUCUUUAAAUUAAUAUUUUGCUUCCACAAAAGAAGUCCAAGUUAUUGUGAAGCCUAAGUGGCUUUUCAAAAAGCCAGGUACAAAUUUCUCUUCAAGGCAGGUUACUUAAAAUAUUCAGGGGUUAUUAUUCAGUCAUCUCCAUCUUACAGAGUGACCCACGGGUAACAGAGGAGCUGGUGCAUCAUCUGGAAUCUGAGCUUGAACAGUCGCGGCUCAGGGAAGCAGAGACUCUGGGAGCCCUUAAAGAGAUGCAGGAGAAGGUGGUGGAGCUGGAGAAGGUAUGAUGCUUUUCCUGGCUUAUCAUAUAUAUUUUUUUUUUUAUAAAUGUAAUUAAGAUGUUUCUUGAAAUGUUUGCUUGGCAAGGUAAAAGCCAGGCAUUAGAAUCAAAUCUCCCAACAGAGAAGACGGCGACAAGUAAUUAAAUAACUUGCCAAGUUCUCCCAUUAGUGGAAUCCCUAAAAUACAGUUCCAUGUUCGUCUUAUGCAGUAGAAGAAAGAGGCAAGAGAAACCGGAUGGGUGGUAAAGGGCUGAGUUGUGGAAAAAUGGAAAUGUAUGUCCUAGCAGCAAUGUAUCUUGCAGAUCUAUGCCACCAGCAGGUCCAGGGGGGAGUCCAGGAAAUAGCCUCUGUCCAUGAGGUCCAGAUUUUGAGAAAGUGUGACAGCAUCUCAUUGAUGGGUCAUACCAUAAUGAAUGCAAGGGAUAUGUUCCUAUUGAAUCUUACCUGUGAAAUUGGAUAGUGUUCAUACCACAAUGACUGGGAUUAGGGUUAAUUAAUCUUCUUCCUCCUACAGAGGAGCAGCUCUCUUCCUGAUGAGAGUAAUAUUGCCAUGCUCCAGGAAGAGGUCCAAUCUAUGCGGAAGAGAGAAGCCCACGCUCUUCAGGUUAUGCGGGAAGGGCAAAAACAAGUGACAGAGCUGAGUGACAAGUGGCAGGUGAGUUGCACUUUUAAUAUAAUCUCAUCCACUUAUUAUAGCCUUGUUCAUUAUUACAUUCUCUGUUAGUGUUUUUGCUUUGUGUGUGACCAACUUUUUCAUUCCAAAGUUCUCUGUAUUUAUUCUUAAGAUGCCAAUAGCAGUCUGUAGCGGAUCCCCGGUAUCCUGACUAGUUACCUCCGCUAGAUUCUCCCCUCAGCUGGUACAGUGACGCUUCAGUGAUUAUAAUUCCAUUCCCCAGACAACAGAUGGUACAUUAUGCUAGAAAUAAUAACUGAUUUUAUUGCACACAAUGCAGCUUUUUAUGCACAGACCCUCAGCAUGGGAUCACCAUUCAUUACAUUGCAGAGCCCUCCAUGGCAUCUCUGUGUCUGGGAGAUAAUUGUGCCAAAGCUUGCUAAAUUAUCUUCCAGAUACAGAGAGCCUAUACCGGGUUUGUUUGUUUUUGUUUUUUUCCCUAUGUAAAACAUCCCCAAACACUGACAUGUCAAAGUUUACACGGACUGGUAGAACAGUCUAGACCGAAAACUGUUCCAGAGGUUUGAAGUCAUAUUCCGGUGUUUUGACGGGGUCUCUGGUGUGCCAAGUGGCACGGAGGGUCCCCUGGCUCGUAGGUAGCGAUUGUUCCCUUUGCUUGACGGUCCCUCCAAAAAGCACUCUAAUUGGACGUUGGGAAAGGGGGGGAAAACCACGAUGAAAUGAAACCAUGAUGGGCAAAAGUUCCACGGGAAACCGACACAUCCCGCUGAAGUGUUCAGGAAGUUCAGACUCGCGGUAUUAGCUGGAACAGAGAGAGGCACUUGCUGGAUCACUAUGGAGGGGAGGUGGACACAGGGAGCCAGGCAAUUGUUAUAACCUUUAACAAUGUUUUAACGGUGUGCUUGGUGGCAUUUGCCGCACAGUCCUUAAAGCAAACCUGUCAUUUCUUGUUUUCCUAAACUUUAUAAAAAAUCUUUUUGUGUUGAAAUUUUAUUUACAUUCCAGCGCAGUCAAAAUAUAUGCAUGAGAUAAAGUAGGGACUGAAUGUGGAUUUCUGGCAAAUUGUGACAAAGGGCAGAGCUUCAAGCAACUUCCACCCAGCCAUGGGUACUGAAAUAACUUGCAUGAUAGAUCUGAAUGCAGGGCAAUUUUGUUUGGGUACACAAGUAUUCGAAUGAAACCGAACAGCACACUUAAAUAGAAUCAAAUAAUCGAGGAAAUGACAGAAAACAGAGAAAAGCAUUGUUGUCUUUGCAACAUUUAUUUUAUAAGUUAUGUUACUAUCCACCACUUGUCCUCACUAAAAUUUCUAUUAUAUAAUGCUUUACUUAUUCAGUAAGUGCCACCUCCAUUUGAUUUGGUUACUUUAAAUAACUUUGUGUACACAUGGCAACUUUGUGAAUAUCGAAGUCUUUUCAUGAAUUUAUUUCUAUCUCUUCAGCUGCCUUUUUCCAUUUGCUGUUUUCUACUCUAUGUAAUGUUUACAGUAUUUCCUAAGGAUGACAGUUGUAGCCAAUUAGUAGUCCUUCUAUUACUCUGUCUCCCAGAUUUGAAUAUUUGCACAAAGAAUGUAGGCAUAGACUUAAAAAGAAAUAAAAAUUACAAUCCCUCCAUUGUGUUUUUUUAUAUCACAAUUUUUUUUUAAAAUCUCUUACUAUUUUUAUUUAUUUCUGCUUCACAGUCACUCUCUUCCCGUGGUGGAAGCAUCUGGAAGGAUUCUCCGCGUAAGACCCCAGCAGGAGAGUUGCAUGAUGAGGUGAUGUCAAGUCGUUUGCGAGAGGUCCAGGCUCAAAGCGAGACCCGUGAACUUCGACAGAGAGUACUCGUCUUGGAGAGUCAGGUUAACAGAAUGUUUCCACAGUUUCAUUGCUUUUGCUACCAAACUAAUUGGCUUAGCCUUUCUUGUAUAAGGCAAAUUAAAAAAAAUAAAAUGUUUUGCCAAAUCUAACAAUUAUAAAAACUAAAUAUACAACCGUGCUAGAUACAUUACUUUUCUUGUUAAAACAGGUUUUGUAAAAUGAUUUGUAUGCUUCUUAUUAAACUAGUUCUGAAGAUGAGUCCACUUGGAAAAAUCCGAGUAAGUAGUAAAACAAUGGUUUUAAGAAGUGGGGAACGUGUGAAUGGCUUUGUAAGUCAGGACAAGAAGUUAAAAUCUUAUUCUCAAUGAGAUUGUGAGGCUGUGAGUAGGUUUACAAAGUGUAGCACCAUAACCAGAGUGAUGGUUGACUAGUGACAACAAUUUCUAAAGAUUGAGUCUGUUCAGUGUCUAUAAGAUUGGAUAGAAGUUUUGCAGUUUUCGAAACAGGAGAUGAUGAUGAUGAGUAAAUAGAAUUCACAGAUAGAAUGGAUUGCUUUUUAUUUUCAUUCUAUGCAGAUGUCCAGUUAAUCUUGAUGCUCACUAGUUAGAGACAUGGAAUAGGUUAGAUCAUUAGGGGAACAGAAUGUUCUGAUUGGAUGAAGUGUGGUGCCGUAUUUCUUUCAGGAGCUGUUGCAUGAGAAACAACUCUCACGCCUGGAAAAAGAGUGCAAGGAGCUGAGAGAACGACUACAGAAUGAAGCUGCUCACAAUAAAGCACUACAGACCCAGAUGAAUGAGGAUAAGCGGAGGCACGCAGUCUCUGAGUGCAAGGUGAGUGCAAUCUAUAUUGUUACAUGGUGGGAGUAACUGUAAUAUACUCCCCUGUUACUAUGUCUUUCCAGAUUGUCAGUUUGUCUCUUACAGUAUCCUUUCAAAGUAUUAACUCUGUGUGUGCCAAUCUUAGAAUAAAGAAGAGGUGAUGGCUGUGCGCUUGAGGGAAGCUGACAGCAUGGCAGCCGUGGCGGAGAUGCGUCAGCGCAUCGCAGAGCUUGAAAUACAGGUGACGGCGACUUUAUGUGAAUGCAUUGUCACUCUUGUUGUAUCACGUUUUCCAGUGAUCUGUUCAAUAUGUUACUGGUAGUAAGUGCUGUGUCCUGGAUAAUUUGAUUUUCUCUUUCAGAAAGAAGAGGGGGUGAUACAAGGAAAGCUGAAUGAUUCUGACUCGUCCCAGUAUAUCCGGGAGCUGAAGGAUCAGAUUGAAGAGCUGAGGCAGGAGGUCAGUGAGUUAUUUUUAUUUUUAUUUAACCCCUUAAGGACCGAGGACGGUUCAGGACCGUCAUCGGCAUUUUUGCGUUGCCGACCGAUGACGGUCCUGAACCGUCCUAACGGUCAGAGCUACUUACCUGAUCGCCGUCGUUCCCCCGGCGGCGAUCAGUGUGGCUCCGGUUGUGGGGAGACUGCCUGCAGCCCAGGCAGUCUCCCCACGGCAGAUUAGGACCUCUGUGGCCAUGUGAUCGCUUAACACAGCGAUCACAUGGUCACAAUAGGUGUCCAUGUGUCUGCCUGCAGGGGGACUGUCUGUGCUGACAGGCAGUCUCCCUGCUAGUGUAAAAUCAGAAAAAAUAAAUAAAGUUAAUGUUAAUAAAAAAUAAAUAAAUAAUUAUAUAUGUGUAUAUAUGAUAUAUAGACAUAUAUUAUAUCUAUAUAAUAUAUGUCUAUAUAUCAUAUAUAUAUAUAAUGUCAUAGUGUAUUUUUAUAUUAAUAUGUACUUAUAUUAAUAUAAAAAUACACUUCUAAUUAAAUUACACACGUAUAUAUAUAAUAUAUAUAAUAACUAUAUAUAUUGUGUAUAUAUAUAUUAUUAUAAAUAAUAAGUAAUUUAAAUUAAAUAAAAAAUUUUUUAAAUAAUAAAAAAUUUAAAAAAAAUUAUAUAGCUAUAUGAAAUUUUAUUCUAACUGUAUUUUAAAAUAAAUAUAUAUAUAUAUAUAUUUAUAUCAAAAUACACUUAGAAUGAAUUUGUAUAUAUAUCUAUGUAUAUAAAAAUAAAUAAAAAUAAUAAGAAAUAUACAUACAUCCAUAUACAAAAUUACAUAAAUAAUUAUAUAAAUAUACACGUAGACUUCAAAUAUAUAAAUAUGCAUAUAUAUUUAAAUUCUACGUGCGUAUUUAUGUAAUAUUUUUACAUAAUUCAGUAAUUUUAUUGAUUGCAAUUUGAGGGAUCUGCCUGCCAACCCAGGCCGAAAUUCCAGAGAAUUUAAUUUGCUAGCACUAUAUUUUACCCUGUAACGUUCUACGACACCCUAAAACCUGUACAUGGGGGGUACUGUUUUACUCGGGAGACUUCGCUGAACACAAAUAUUAGUGAUUCAAAACAGUAAAACAUAUCACAGUGAUGAUAUUGUCAGUGAAAGUUACUUUUUUGCAUUUUUCACACACAAACAGCACUUUUACUGAUGAUAUAAUUGUUGUGAUACGUUUUCCAGUUUCUAAACACUAAUAUUUGUGUUCAGCGAUGUCUCCCGAGUAAAACAGUACCCCCCAUGUACAGGUUUUAUAGCAUUUCUGAAAGUUACAAGGUCAAAUAUAUGGGUCAAAUAUUUUUACAUUGAAAAUGGCCAGGUUGGUUACGUUGCCUUUGAGAGCGUAUGGUAGCCCAGGAAUGAGAAUUACCCCAAUGAUGGCAUACCAUUUGCAAAAGAAGACAACCCAAGGUAUUGCAAAUGGGGUAUGUCCAGUCUUUUUUAGUAACCACUUGGUCACAAACACUGGCCAAAAUUAGCGUUCAAUUUAGUUUUUUUACUUUUUUCACACACAAACAAAUAUGAAUGCUUACUUGGCCAGUGUUUUCGACUAAGUGGCUACUAAAAAAGACUGGACAUACCCCAUAUUGAAUACCCUGGGUUGUCUACUUUAAAAAAAAUAUGUACAUGUGGGUGUUAUUCAGAGAUUUAUGACAGAUAAUAGUGUUACAAUGUCACUAUUGAUAAAUUUUAAAAAUGUAUGUUUUGAAACCGCAAUAUCCUACUUGUACCUAUAGCCCUAUAACAUGCAAAAAAAGCAAAAAAGCACGUAAACACUAGGUAUUUUUAAACUCAGGACAAAAUUUGGAAUCUAUUUAGCAGUUUUUUUCAUUCGCUUUUGUAGAUGAGUAAAAGAUUUUUCAAGUAAAAGUCAAAAAACAUGUAUUUUUUUCAAUUUUUCAUCAGAUUUUUGUAUUUUUUUUAAAUUAAAAUACAUGAGAUUAUAUAAAUAAUGGUAUGUAAAGAAAGCCCCCUUUGUCCUGAAAAAAACAAUAUAUAAUUUGUAUGGGAACAGUAAAUGAGAAAGCGGAAAAUUACAGCCAAACACAAACACCACAAAAGUGUAAAAAUAUGCCUGGUCGCAAAUGUACAACAUCGCAAAAACAGUCCAGUCCUUAAGGGGUUAAAGGGACACUAUAGUCACCUGAACAACGUUAGCUUAAUGAAGCAGUUUUGGUGUAUAGAACAUGCCCCUGCAGCCUCACUGCUCAAUCCUCUGCGAUUUAGGAGUUAAAUCCCUUUGUUUAUGAACCCUAGUCACACCUUCCUGCAUGUGACUUGCACAGCCUUCCAUAAACACUUCCUGUAAAGAGAGCCCUAUUUAGGCUUUCUUUAUUGCAAGUUCUGUUUAAUUAAGAUUUUCUUAUCCCCUGCUCUUAUCCCCUGCUAUGUCAAUAGCUUGCUAGACCCUGCAAGAGCCUCCUGUAUGUGAUUAAAGUUCAAUUUCGAGAUUGAGAUUCAAUUAUUUAAGGUAAAUUACAUCUGUUUGAAAGUGAAACCAGUUUGUUUUUUUUCAUGCAGGCUCUUUCAAUCAUAGCCAGGGGAGGUGUGGCUAGGGCUGCAUAAACAGAAACAAAGUGAUUUAACUCCUAAAUGACAGUGAAUUGAGCAGUGAAAUUGCAGGGGAAUGAUCUAUACACUAAAACUGCUUUAUUUAGCUAAAGUAAUUUAGGUGACUAUAGUGUUCCUUUACUAUGUAUGAAACUUGCAGCUCUGUACACAAGAUACCUCUCAUCCAGGUCAUUGGAGCAGCUGGAAAUUACAAUAAAAUAGAACAAGUGUGGGGUAUAAACACACACAGUUGAAUUUGAUAUUUUAAAAUAUGUUGUUUUGUUAUAGUGCUAUUUAUGUUUCUCAGAAAGUGACAUUACUGCUUUAAGUGCAUUAAUUUCGGUAGAUAACCCACCACGUGCCUGAUUGCAAAUAAUGAUAUAUAUGCAUGUAGAGUGACCCCCAAUUGUUAUUUAAAAACCAUGAAACUAUUAUUUUGAUUAGCUUGCUUUGUAGAAAUACAUCCAGAAUUCCUUAAUUUGAAUCCAAAACCACUAAAACAGAAAUGACACAUUUGAUGUCUGUACAAGAAAGAUUGAUGAAAGCAUAUAGAUUAUUUUUUUUGUUUUUUUAAUACUUUCGUUAUUGAAGAUUUUUUGAGGAGUCAAAUGGGAUUAUGAUUGUCAAUCCUGUGGACUACCAUGAAAUACAGUGUGAUUUACAAACUGAAAACCCAUAGGAAUCACGUUAAAAUGUCCACAUAAACUCAUGCGUCAUAAUAGUGACCUUACGAUUUCCCCAAGUUACAGUAAAUUUAGCAGCAUAUAUAACUUGUUAUUGCAAUGUAGUGCUGCAGUAACCCCAUGCAGGACGGUUGGUGGGUACCUGUCUUCAUAGUACUGUGAAUUUUGUAGGCAAGUACCCUUUCAACUCAAAGCAUCCUUAAUACUAAAGAUCUUCUAACUCCAUCCUAAACACCCCCACAACUUGACACUAGUGGCAUUGUUGUAAAUAGCACAGUUGGUAAAAGCCCUGUAGUGCUGCUCAAGCAGUCCUGAAGCCACAACUGAGAGAAGUCCUUGGUUUGUCCAUUUGAACACAAAGCAUGGUCCAUGUUUUCCCUGCAGUCUGGGUCCUAGAGGCCCAUUGCCAACCUGAAAUAUCCUACUUUUUGUGUCGAGUUCUGCAGAUAAGAAGUAAUACACAUUGUGCUUAGUAUCUUUAACCUCUUUAAGACAGAUGCCUUGCUAGAAUUAUAAAAUCUAAAAUACUGUCUAAUACCUUGUCAGGAUGGCUCUAGGAUUAGAUUUUACCCCGAUGUUGCUAAUCUGCCAGAUUUCAUUUUUGAAGUAGCAUUCAGAUCGCGUUCACGUUUGUGUUUCUGAAAUUGUCCAUCUGUAAUCCACACUUCGGUUGCAGCAUAGACCUUUCCAGAGUAUCAUAGCAUUCCUACCAGUUGUACGUGACUGUUUCUGCAACCUCUUAAACAGAAUAUUGAAGAACAUGGGGAAAUGACCAAGGGAUUUGGGAUCUGCAAAUUUUCUUGUUUUUUUUUAGCUAUGCUUUUCAGAAAAUCACACAUUUAGCCCUGAAACCAGAAGCAUUUUAUUUGUGGAUAUUUUAGUCCCCAUCAUAUAUUGUCACCUGCAGAUUGAAAAAUACUGUAAACCUAUUACUGAUGUAUCUCUGACAUUUAGUGACUGUCUACAGAAUGGUUACAUACAUAUUCCAUUUAUUGUUUUUAAUUAAACAUUGCUUUCUUUGUCCCAGCAGAUCCAACUGUUCCAUGGUCACAAGCCUUAUUGCGAUUCCAUUACUUUUGAAGGUCUACAUCUUACCUCCUGCCCAGUACAGGAAGAUGAGGACUCCAUCCCUUCCUCCGAUGAGGAGCUACUCUCAAGGCCCAUGGGUGCCUUACAGGAUGCCUUGUAUCCCCAUUCCCCACACAAGUCUUGCUUCUUACGACCUCUCAGAAGCUCUCCUAGCUCUGAAAGCGAGGAAGGAAUAGAAACCAAUGGAGUCCCUUCAGACACUCCCACUGAAGCAGCUGAAUAACCAUUGGGAAUGAGAGGGUUAGCUGGAUUUCCCUCAUACCCUCUCUGAAAGUCAAUCUUUAGGGCAGGACAAUAGAACAAGGAGUGUGAUCCCACGUAACCUUGACAAAUACAAACUAUGUGAAGGUGCCCUAUUUUGGCUUUGGUUAAUAAACUAUGGCCGUUAAUGUGGAGAGUCCCCUUUUUCGAUUUAUUUUUUUCUGGUACUAAAGACUGAGCAGAUUCCUCUACAGAACCAUCUGUAAACGGGAGUGUAUGCUGUGUGAAGUUAAUGUUUAUUUUCACCAUAUACAAUUGUUUUUGGAUCUAUACAUGUAAAGAGAUGAUGGAGUCCGUAACAUUUUGGAUGCCAUGGUGCAAACUGGAAAUCUGUUUCUGAAUUGACGUAUAACGUACAAAAUUUUGGUCCAUCGGAGAAAGGUAGAUGCGUGCAAUGUUUGUUAUACUAAGUGCACUAAAAGAUAAUUGAUUAAUCAGAAGCAUCUAGGGUGUAUUACAGUGUCUACUUGUCCAUCACUAUUAGAAGCUAAACUCCCAUCAACAAACUAAAGAAAGUGUUGUGUUUUGUAUAAUACAUUCCCUCAUUUCUAACAUUCAACCUUGGUUAUAUAAUAACCAUACACAUGGAGGUUCUGGUACUUGAAAGAGGAAAGAUCUCCACUGCAAAUGUAUUACCCAAGAGCACUUUGGAUAUACAGACCUCAUCUGUGUAAAAGUCUGUACACGUUAUUUACCAAAAGGUUUCCAUUUAUUAAAUGACUUGUUGGUGCUAGGAAAGGACCCAGCAUUAAACCUGACGGAAGAGGGUUCACUUGGCCUGACUUUGCACUUUCAAUCCUUACAUUUAUUCAUAAGAUCUGCAGAAGCUAUGUUCUUUUCUGAGAGUUUGUGAAGAGCAGAAAACCAGAGCAACCUGCAUAUUAUUACUUACCAUGUUUCCUAACUAAUUAUAAGCUAUACAGUACCAAGCCGGUUCCAAUCUCACCCCAUCCUGCAAUUUAGUCUUUUAUCAGAGGAUUUGUACUACUAUCCUUCGUAAGGUGUCAUGGUGACUGCUAACAAACCUUUUGAAUUAAUGUUGCCUCCAAACAUCACUUUGAGAGCUUACCAGUUGAACGCCUUGGUUCGGGCAUUCUAACUGCCAGUUGACCUCACUAGAAUGUCUCCACUAAGCCACAUCCUAAUAUUCUAAAAUCUAUGAUUUUUAUUAACCGACAUCGUAACAAAGUUCUCCAGUGUUACUUAAUAUUUUGGCACUACAGAACAAACUGUUAAUGUGUUAAUAUAUUUAUAUAUAUAAUUAUUUUGUUUAUUGUAAAUGAUUUAAAGCUAACAAACAUAAGUAUCAGAGAUACAGUUUGUUUUUUUAUUUUAUUUUUUUUCAAUGGCAAGGGACUCUAAAAUACCUAUUUAUAAAGCCAGCCAUGCCAAAAUAUAUCCAAUGUAGUUUAUUCUGUUUCUUUAUGGUUUUAUUAUAUAACUUUAUCACUUUAAAAAUCUGGGUGCGUAUCUCAUUCACUCCAGUUUAUUUUUAUUGGACAAAAAAAUGUAGGUCACUGUGAUGGGUAUACAAAAAUCUCCUGUCAUUUGACAUGAAGUUGCAUCCUAUUUCAAAGUGAUAAAAUUAUAUAAAAGUGUAAAUGUUCCCACUGUUUCUAUUGAAAUGCGUUAUGUAAGUGUGCAUAUGUAUCCCCCAUCAAAUGAAUCUGUGGUCAUUUUGUGAGGUUCCCCACCUCAAGGUGUACCAUAGCUAUCACAUGUUAAUAUUCUAUAACACAUUCUUUUAUUCACAAAGCAGUUGGUUGAGUUCAAUGCCCAUUUCAACCCUUCCACUUUUCUCAACAUUUUUCAACUUUGUUGUAAAUUACCCAAGAGUUGGAGGUCUCUUGUCCAAUAAUUUGAUUUCAUAUUUGAACAAACUGAUGAACAGAGACAGGCCUCUCCCAAUAUUCAGAAGCAUUAUCAGGGGAAACUUUGGAUGUUGAACAGCUGUAGAAAAAAGCAUAGGUAAUUUGUGGAACUAUGGUACUUCUAGCGGUGUAAUAUGUGUAGAAAACCAAUUUCUAUUUAAAAUAUUCAGGUGAAGUUUUUUUACUCCUUCUAACAGCUGUAUCUAGAUUGUCACUCGACGUCAUCUGCCUAACACUUGUGAUAAAGGGGUUUAAAGGACUCGUCACCAUAAAAAACAGAAUAGUAACCUAUUUAUUAUUUAUAUAUGUGUAUAUAUAUAUAUAUUGGUUUUAAAGUGCAAUAAUUCCCUAUCUAAUAUUAAUACUAAGAUUAAAUACCAUCUAAGAUUAAUACAGACAUACAUAAACUCUAAUAUGACAAAGAAUUUAAGUGGACCUUUUAAUCUGAAAAGCAAAUGUUAUAAUUAACAAAGCAAAAAUUUGCUAUUUGUUGUGUUAAGAAUAGAACCAUUUCAAAAAUGUUUACUUUAUUAAUAGAAAUGUACUAAAACUUUGAAUAUUUCCUGGAUUACUGUUAAAUAAAACGAAGAGGCGUUCCAUUGCAUGCUAGGAAAGAUUUUUAUUUUUUAUUUUUUUUUAUACCCCAGCUACUAACUCCUGCAUCUGUAAAGUCUGUGCAAAUGAAUUAUUUUAGACACGUUUUUAGAAUGGUUCAAGUUUUAACUCCCAACAUGCAAUAUGUAUGCUGUAAUAAUCAAUAUAAUGUGUAUUAUUCCCAAUUAAUCUCCGCUUUAAACAAAACUUAGUUUAUUUAAAAAAAAAAAAAAAGAGAAUUAUCAGAGUACAAAUAUAUUACUUUUGUAAUGCUGUUUAAAAUGGAAAUGUCUUAACUGCCAGUCAGUGGAGUAAAGCGCAAGGGGAUAUUUGUAUUCCUUCUAUAUAAAGUAUUAUAAUGGAACUUUAUGAAUUUCUGUAAAAUCGGAAAAAAAUGUUUUUGUGAAUGGUGCACUACUACAUUUAGAGUGAGGAUAUUGCCUUCCUAUUUGUUGCUGUAACUUGUUCUCUAUAUUUUGUGUCAUUAUUACUAUCCGUAUGUGUUUCGAGUGCCAAAUCCUUCUGAAACUGGUGAUAGUGGGUGGACAGAUUGCUAGUUUCUUCUAGUUAAGGGCUAAGCGUGAGCAUCUCUUUGUGUCACAGAUCCGUAUGCAGUGAUAUCUGCAGUGCUUGAUGCAAGAGGAUUACAAGCUUAAAUAAUGGUCUACAGAUAGUAGGGAAGUAUUCAACACUACAGCUCUCAGUCAGGUUGUGACUAACUGUCAGGGGUGUUUUAGUUAAGCUACUAGUGGGAAGUUUGCCCGGUGCCUAUAAACAUCAAAACUGUUACCAUGUAGUAUUCUCAGAGAUUUUAAUAAUUGAGGUAUAGGAUAAGUUGAUGGGGUAAUGGUUCCUGGGUGCCCACAUAAUUCCCUCAGGAUAAUAUUAGCUCCACUCCUUGGCAAUAAAACUAUUUUAUUUAUUUUAUUUUAAAUUCGAGAAUACCAAUAAUUAAGAUUCAGGCCUUUAGAAGACUGGCUUUCAAACAUCUGGUCCAUAGGUGUGGAAAGGGAGUAAUGCUCUGCAGCUAGAGAAAAGCCAAAUGGUUAGUGCACAUAUAUACUACUGAUGUAGACUGGAGGUUAGAGGAAUGAUAGUCUACAGGUACAGUUAGUGGUCAGUAAAUAGAUGGUCUACAGGUACAGUUAGUGGUCAGUAAAUAGACUGUGUACAGGUGAACAUUGGUAGUCAGUAGAUAGCACUAGAAUGAAGUUGGUGGACAGUGGCCAGAUGGUGGACAGUUAGAGAGGUUGGUGCUUAGUGGAAAGGUACAGGUAGAAACUGGUUAGAAGGGAAUAGAUGUCACUACAGGUAGAGGUUGGUGCUCAGUGGAGUAAUGCUUGCAGAUGACUUACAGUAUUGCAGUUUUCUUCUUUAUUUUAAGUAUGUUACAACGGUGCCAUAUCACUCCCACCCUCUGAGCGUGUUUACACAGCAUGUCACUGUAAUGGGAGAGAUAAUCCUGUUAUGUUGCCCCUUACUGGGACUGGAGGAACCUGUCUGACCCAGAUAAGGGAAUUUACAGCGACUGUUAAAGCUGUAGCUUCACUCAAUAAAUAAAUUUACACUGUCUUACUAAUAAACUGUCUGGAAAUGUA